GGGGGAGAGGGAGGGCGGGGGGAGGAGAGAGAAAAGUGAGCUCACGUUGACACAUUGGUAAAAAGGCUGGUCUUGCAAUGCCUUUGAAUAUUUUACUUUUUGUCAGUUUCCCUUCAGAGUCAUACACGCACACACACACAAACACACACACAAACGCUGAGCUGAAGUGAACCACAGCAAGGGGCUGCACUGGAAGAUCUGAAAUCUGAUCACACACACUCUCUCUCUCCCCCUGAUUAUCUCUUAUUACAUACCUCUCUUUCUAUAUAGACAGACACACAUACACAGAGAGAGAGAGUGAGAGGAAGCCAGGAACAGUAUCAGCCACACCACCCACAAACAGAACACCUUAUCUCUUUUUGCUGGAUACACACACACACACACACCCGCACGCACACACACAAAAAGGACACACACACACACGGAGAGAAAGAGAGACUCUCACAAACCCCUCUCUUUCCUCCUGGCUUCCCUGGAAGAUUUUGCUGGCUGUUUUUCAUGGAGAAAGUCCAAGGAGAAAUGGAGAUUGAGAGAUGGGAAAGAAGCGAAGAGAUGUCAGACGCAGAGAAAAAGGUGAUUCAGGAGACAUGGAGCAGAGUCUACGCCAACUGCGAGGACGUUGGGGUCUCCGUACUGAUCAGGUAUUUACAAUGGCACACAAGAAGCCAAAAAAUAAAUAAAUAUGCAAGCAAAAUCGAUCAAGGGCUGGGUGGCAGCAACUGUUUCCCCCCAGUUGAUCAGUUCUGGCUGGGAAUGAUUUCACUGCCUUUUUGAUUUCAAGAUACCAGAGAAGGGGAAAUAGCAGGAGGAAUACCUCUGUUGCUGUAGUUGAUGAGAAUCAAUAUUUCAGCCAGAAAAGUCAUCUUAUCCUUGUGGGUGCAAAGGGGAGGGGGGAGGGUCGAAGGAAGGGAUUCUGUUCUGUGGUUCUGAUUUAGCUUUUUGCUAAUGGAAUCAUACACCAGAUUCCUGGGUGAAAUAAAGCAACUUGCGAGCCAAGAUAAAUCCGAAACAAGGCUGCCGAAGCUUGUCAGUACCAUCUGCUCAUCAGCUGGGGUGCAAUGUCAGUAUAAAAGAUAAUGCUGAACUUGUCUCCUGGGGCUGGCAUGAAGGUUGCCGGUCCAGAGGGAUGGAGGUCCAGGAACACUUAAAUGCAAGGUGCACUUAAAUGCACAAUAUUGUGAAUGGUUACACAGCAGAGGAUAUUGAGAGUCACAGAAAUCUAUCCGAAAGGCAGGUGUGUUUAUAUGGGGCUAUCCAGGUGGAACGCAUAAGACGAGAAGCAUAGAUUUAAAACAGACAUGGGUUCUCACCAGCCAAGCCAUGAAAACCAUUCAUUUGUAUUUAGCUUAUUUUACUCCUAUGCACUUCAGUGAGAAACCCUAUUUGUAAAUAGCCCCCAGGUAAGAAUCAUAGAAUCAUAGAGUUGGAAGAGACCACAAGGGCCAUCGAGUCCAACCCCCUGCCAAGCAGGAAACACCAUCAGAGCACUCCUGACAUAUGGUUGUCAAGCCUCUGCUUAAAGACCUCCAAAGAAGGAGACUCCACCACACUCCUUGGCAGCAAAUUCCACUGUCGAACAGCUCUUACUGUCAGGAAGUUCUUCCUAAUGUUUAGGUGGAAUCUUCUUUCUUGUAGUUUGGAUCCAUUGCUCCGUGUCCGCUUCUCUGGAGCAGGAGAAAACAACCUUUCUCCCUCCUCUAUGUGACAUCCUUUUAUAUAUUUGAACAUGGCUAUCAUAUCACCCCUUAACCUCCUCUUCUCCAGGCUGAACAUGCCUAGCUCCCUUAGCCGUUCCUCAUAAGGCAUCGUUUCCAGGCCUUUGACCAUUUUGGUUGCCCUCCUCUGGACACGUUCCAGUUUGUCAGUGUCCUUCUUGAACUGUGGUGCCCAGAACUGGACACAGUACUCCAGGUGAGGUCUGACCAGAGCAGAAUACAGUGGCACUAUUACUUCCCUUGAUCUAGAUGCUAUACUCCUAUUGAUGCAGCCCAGAAUUGCAUUGGCUUUUUAGCUGCCGCGUCACACUGUUGGCUCAUGUCAAGUUUGUGGUCAACCAAGACUCCUAGAUCCUUUUCACAUGUACUGCUCUCAAGCCAGGUGUCACCCAUCUUGUAUUUGUGCCUCUCAUUUUUUUGCCCAAGUGCAAUACUUUACAUUUCUCCCUGUUAAAGUUCAUCUUGUUUGUUUUGGCCCAGUUCUCUAAUCUGUCAAGGUCGUUUUGCAGUGUGAUCCUGUCCUCUGGGGUGUUAGCCACCCCUCCCAGUUUGGUGUCAUCUGCAAAUUUGAUCAGGAUGCCCUUGAGUCCAUCAUCCAAGUCGUUGAUAAAGAUGUUGAAUGAGACCGGGCCCAAGACAGAACCCUGUGGCACCCCACUAGUCAUGUGGUUUGUGGCUUUCCCCCAGCUAUAAUGUCUCUUCAGUGUUAUUUCCAUAAGUGGCCUUGUUUUGUUAUUCUGAAACUGCCCAGGACUCUCUUGGGCAUGUCACAAAUGCACAAAGAGAGAGAGAGAGAGAGAAAUAAAUCAUUGCAGGUAAGAAGGGAAAUCAGGCCUGAGAUGCUGGUUAGAGACGGGAGGCAACAGCAACAAGCAAUUUUGGAGCUAAUUGAAAAUGCCUCUUUGGGCUUGGAUUCAGAACUCCCUCUUCAAAACACAGCAGGGGCACCAAUAUUUUCUCCUCCUUGAAGCCUGUAAUAGUUUGGCUUGGGGGAGAGAGUUAAGUGGGGAAGUGAUACAGGGGGAAUGAUUAACCCCCUCUUGCAACACUGUGUUCCAGUCUAAUUCAAGGCCUCUCAUGGCUGCUUUUAAGUUUAAAAAGGCAAACAUUGGGAGAUCCAAUCAUAGAUCUGCCAUAUCACGUGUAGGUAAGUGAACCAGCCUCCAGAGAUAGUCACUCACCCACCCAUUUAUCAUACUGAUUGGCUCUAACCCUACUGUCUUCUGAGCUGCUUGAAAUGUUUGCAGAACUUCUUAAAGGAGUAGUCUUGUAAUUAAUUGACUUGAGCUUGACGAAGAAUGAGGAAGAUUUUAGACCUUUGCCCAACAGCUGCGCAUAUCUAUUCAAAUGUGUGCUGAUGUUUCCUUUUCACCUUUCCCCUCCUUUAAAGUUUCCUAUCAGAGUUUUUCUGUAGGAAACUGGAGAUGAUGUUAGAAUAGUCCUUCGCUAAAAAAAACACCCUCCAAGGUCUACAAUCUUUUACAGAGAUAAACGGUGUCAUUGCAAUUGAUCAAAUGGGAUAAAAACAGAACUGCAUCCCAAACCUUUACGCAAGUUCUCUUUGAAGCAAAAUACCCAUAUAUCCAGAAAUGGCUCCCUUGAAUUCACACAGAAUUACCCUUUUCUACUUACUUAUCAUAAAAAUAAAUACAUUAUGCAAGUUACAUUGUUUGAAACAAAGCAUAUCCCUUCAUAUCCAUGACAUGAAAAGUUUUGCCUGCUAAAUAUCUUAAGUUAAAUGCACUGUUGAUGCUUAUAUAAAAUGCUGAUGGUUUUAUUAUGUGACCUGGCCUGAGACCCCUGGGUAUAGGGUGAUAUAUAAAUUCUAAUAAUAAUAAUAAUAUAGCUAACAUUUACAAAAUCUACAGCUUCAUAAAAUAGAAAAACUACCCUAUUUUUGUUUUUGUUUUGUUUUUAAAACACCCUCACAGCCUUGAAAAUUUGCCACCGUGCUUUUUCCUAUCACUUGCUCUCUUACAGAGCAACCCUAUGUAGUAGCCUCUGUCACACAUAUAACACCCUGGUGAAAGAAAGCCUAAUUUCUCCCCUACAGCAAACCCUCCAGACCCACUUCACACACCAACUUGACGCCAUGCCCUGGUGGAAUUCUCGGGUCCCUGGCUACUUGUUGAUGCCUUCUGAUUCCUGACGGUGAUGAAGAUGAUCACCAGGACAGCAGCCGAGACCCCCAAAGUAGUUCCCACAGUGAGCCCCACAUGGGCAGGUUUCUCCCAGGCCAAGACCAGUGGCUUCGGCAGGCCAGCAAGCUCCAUGUGGCAGUCUCUGACCUGGGGGUCAAUGCUGACCCAGGCAUGGUAGGUCCUGUCAGAAUUGGGAGCAAUGUCCCUGGAUAAAGGGCUGUUCUCCACGGCCUCCACAUCCUUCCUCCAGGUGGUGUCGAUCUCUUUAGGGGUUUGGCAGAUGAGGGAUUUCCACCCGGAAGUUCCUGCUGUGUCACCUUCCCCACUGGGGGCUCUGUCCUGAGCAGAACCUCCUUCCCAUGGUCCAAGUAUUUCUGCAGCCACUCAACGCAGGUCUCCUCCAGGUAGCCCUUCCUGUACUUGUUAGUGGCAAACUCUGUAUCCAAGGACCUCUUGGUGAUCUGGGCCUCCAUAUCAGCUGACGUCCAGGUGAGGGUGUCCUUGUCAGAGCUGAUGAAACCCCCCACCCCCCGUCAUGGGCACACUGUCAAAACUCUCUUUAGCCCCCAUCUCACCUCAGCCAUACAUGAGCUGCAGAGUGUGGAACCCUUUGCUCUGGUUGUAACUAUUCCGCAAAUUCUCCAGGCUGGCUUUGAACCACAGCUCCCAGCCAUACAACAUUUGGGUAUAUCUUUCCCAGUACUGGGCAUCAUCCUUCUCCACUUUUUGCCAAUUAUUUUUUGUUGAUUUUCCAUUAAGCUGCUCUGAGCCCGGCGUUGGCUGGGGAGGGCGGGGUAUAAAUAAAAAUUAUUAUUAUUAUUAUUAUUAUUAUUAUUAUUAUUAUUAUUACAGUAUUAUUUAAAAUUGACAUCAAAUUAAUACAAAUUUAAUACAAAUUUAAAAGCUGACUUCCCACCCCCUCCCAGAUGUUCCUUCUUCUUCCCUCCGUCCAUUGCUGCUCCAAGCACAUUAGCUUUUCCAACUUUCAUUUCAUCAUUCAAUAAAAUUAAACCCAAUCAUAUUUCAAGAAUAUUUCAUCUCCCAUCUCCCUUCACAUCAGCUGUACAAGUACCAAUUUCUGCGAAGACGCUUAUAUAUUAUUACAACCUAUCCGCAAAAUAAUCAGGUAGAGCAGAUCCUUUUUUAUCUGUCUAUAAUAAUCAUUAAUCAAUAAUUUAAAAUCAUUUCCCUUUGAUAACCUCUCGGGUAGAGCUCUUCCUGAGAAAAACAAAUCCUACUCUCUCUUUUUUAACAACCUUUCCACUUUUUGCAUCCGGGGCACUGCAAGCUUUUUCCUCUUGUGUAUCGCUGUCAUAGUAAGCAAUGGGUUGGUCAUCCAUAUAUGCCAUAGUGGACAUACAUGGGGCAGCCCAUGGCAAGGUUCUGACGCAGGAGUGUAGAAAGUACACCUGAGGUGGGAGGAAGAGACAGCACAGUGCAGUGCAGCAGCAGCAACAGGAUUGAGGAGGGCCAGCAGUGGCCUUGCAUCUCGACAAAAUGGAAUGUGUGUGUGUGUGUGUGUGUGUGUGUCUAGCAGUGUCGUUCUUAACCCUCUUGCUGUGCAGUUGUCCAGAGUCCAAGGUUCUGGGCUGUUGACUCGCUGACUCACAGCCUCAGGUUCCCGCCUUAUGAAAACACCAAGCACACUCAGAAUACCGGAAGAUAUAUUUGCCCAUUCAUACAUACCAGUAUAUCCCAUACUGGUAGCAGAAAAUGACAUGCCAGCUUUUUAAUUUACACAGAUUCCUGGGUAUGCAUAACAGCCAUCUUUCAAACAUGGAAUCACUGAAUUGUAAAGUUGGGAGGGACUGCGAGGGUCAUCUAGUCCAACCCCCUGCAAUGCCGGAAUAUUUUGCCCAAUAUGGGACUCAAACCCACAACCCUGACAUUAAGAGUCUCAUGCUCUACCGAUUUGGGGCUAUGAUCCAUAGGCCAUAAAAUACAUAACACUAUCCUGCUGGGGCAAGCUAGCAGCUGUAGGGCAGACCCAGUAUUCCAUUUCCAAAUUCCUAGAUUCUGGAUUCCUAGAUUCUUAUCAGGCAGCUGGUUUUCACUGACCUGAAGUCAGUUACAGCAGCAGCAGGUCAACUUUAUAUUUCAAUAUGGCAGGUUGACAUUAAAUGCAGAUCCAUGUGUGACAGACGGCAAAGGAAGCAAUACAGAUCCCCUCUGGCCACGAGAAGUGUGGUUUGUGGUGGAGUGCAAAACCGAAGCAUAUGCUCAUAGUAAAGAUGUCAGAUUACCCGCUUGCCAUGUGCAAGGAGCAGCGAGAAAGAGUAAACGCAGCUGCCCUGUGGAGAGUAAAAACACUGAGCUCCCCUUAAAGGCUCUUUCAAAAGGAACAGUGGAGGGAAUGCUAGGGAAUGUGUGAAACUUCUGUUCUUUUUCUCCUCCCCGUACUAGAUCUGAGCCAGUAUUUCUCCCUGAACAUUUUCCAGAAAUAAGGGUGGAGAAUUUUGAGAGGUUGUUUGUGUGCACCUUGAAGACCUCACGCUCUCAGUUGCCUAGAGAAAGUAUUGGUAGUAUCUUAGAUAUUCUUAGUUGGUCUCUAAGGUGCUACUGGAAGGAAUUUUUAAAUUUUGUUUAGAUAUACUUGCUUUUCUGAAUUACUUCUCCUUCCCUUUUUCCUCCUUUUGAAAAAACAGUCAUGCAAACAAGGGCACUUUAUAGAGUGAGCCGGCACAUGUGGAUGCGCAGAUACAUGUGCCAGUUGUGCAAUUUGCAUUCCAUGUUGCUGAUAUGCCUCGAAUCAUAAGCGCAUGUGAGAAAUCAUAAGUGCAUAUGAGAAGGAAAUCAAAGGUGGGUCUGCAAGCAAACACAUGUACCUGGUUCAGUACGAGCCAUACGUGGGGAAAAAAACAUUGUUUUGCUUGUUUGUGAUUCAUAACCCAUAUAUGGCCCAAUCCUGCUCUAGCUGCAUGUAGUUACACAUAACUAGUUGAGCUAUUUGUGUAUCGGAAUGCGUAUCAGAAUGCAGCGUUGAUGGAUAUCUGUACCCAGAUGCUCAUUCGGUCUCUUGUGUUUCCCCUCUCCAUGGAACAUCCAUAUGCCAAUUAUUUAGGCAUACCCUCCCACAGGAAAGUAAAGGAGAUAAAAUGCCGCACCAGGAAGGUCCAGGAUUAGUGUCCACACCAGUGGCACAACGAUAUCCGCAUGAGAAAUUGAAUAUGGCAGAUUGCUGCAGUGUCCCUACCUCUUCAGAUUCGCUGUUAUACCAAACCAAUGGCAAUUAGAUUCGUAAUGCACGUACAGGUAACAGUUGAUACCUGUAGAGAAUUGACAGUGGAUUCGUUGGGUGCCUGUACAAAACAGCUGCAAAAUGUUAUUACAACUUAGCUGAGGAAGUCGGAGAAAAGGAAUAAUGGUACAAAAGAAUGAGCCAUGGAGCUGGAGGACAGCAGCAGUGUCGCGUACCUUGUUUCUUACAGCGCUCAAGCUGAAAUUUCCAAGCAGGGGUCCACACGACAGCGUUUUAAGAAAGAUUAAGUGAUCAUCAACUGCUGUUUGUGAUAUCACUCAACAGAUCUAAAAAUCACUUAGUGGGGAAAGGAGAAGGAACAAAAAUUUGCGUCAGGGGAUAAUCUGCUCUUAGUUUAGAUUUCUCAGAUAUAGAAGAGGCGCUUUAAAAAAUAAUUUUCUCCUUUACCUCUCACAAGACUAACUCCUACAUACAGCAGCAAUGUUAUUUCUGGGUCAUUGUGUCAACAGGAAAACUGUUCCUAACUAGAAACCAAUAGUCAGGAAAGAAGGAUUUUCUGCUUUCCAAUGUACGACUAGGUGCUAAAUGCGGCAAUGUGACAGAGCAGAGAGAUGUUUGGGUGCUCAGCCACAACAUUUGAGCUGAACCAGUACUCCUCAGCCAAGCUUACAUCACAAGACUUGUACCUUUGACACUGAAAAUCACAGUAGAAAUGGCUCAAAAUAUAAUAAAUCCUGCUAAAAACAGAUACGUUUUCUCAAGUUUGAGAGACCUACUAUCCAAUUCCAAAUAUAGUUAUUGUUACAAAGUGAGGCCCAUUAAUUCCAAGUGACAAAAUUCUAAGAAAGCUGAAGUUGUGUGCGUUCCACAACUAAGGCCAACCAUUUUAACAGUUUCUUCAGGAAGCUCUUUGUGUGCAUCUUGAUCUUGCAAAUGCAUUCAGCGUGAUUCCAGAACAGACCACUAUCCAAGUGUUGAGGUGUCUUCACAAUUCAAGGCUUCCAAACCCUGGCUGAAGCACAGACUGAACAUAUGGUGAGCCAUGCACAAUAUCAGGGUAUACCUGAAUAUUUGCCAAAUGGCAACUGCAAAAGAUCCAUCUUCUGGUUGGUUUGGGGUGGGGAGAAACCGUUACCUCUGCUGAUCAAAUGCUGUACAGUGGUACCUCUGGUUACAUACUUAAUUCGUUCUGGAGGUCCGUUCUUAACCUGAAACUGUUCUUAACCUGAAGCACCAUUUUAGCUAAUGGGGCCUCCCGCUGCUGCUGCGCCGCCGCCACACGAUUUCUGUUCUCAUCCUAAAGCAAAGUUCUUAACCCGAGGUAUUAUUUCUGGGUUAGCUGAGUCUGUAACCUGAAGCGUAUGUAACCUGAAGUGUAUGUAACUGGAGGUACCACUGUAGUUUGAUACUGAAGGGCUUUUUCAUCUAGCUGAAGAAGUCUGAGCAGGCAGGGAUUCCAAUGCAGCCCUCACAACCAGUAAAAACAUCUCAAGGUAUACACUGAGCUGGCCCUGCCAGGUAGCAGGGUGAAGAAACCUGCUUCUGGUGGCAUCGUGAAUGUCUGUAUGUGUGUACACUGGAUAAUAGAUGAAAGCAGGAAUUGAUGUGUGACUGGUGCAGCAAGGCUUUUUAUAAUGUUGGUGCUGCAGGAACAGGGCCUCCACUUCAAGUAGGAAAAUGCCACACUAUGGCACUAUCUAUAAAACAGUUAGACCUGCUGUAGUUCCAUUGCCUUUCACAUCUUUCCUGGGUAGUAAAUCAGCACCAGUUAAAAACAUGCCUCUUUGCCCAGGCUUUUCAUGAGUGUUGAGUUAAGGUACCAGAUUUUAUUCCCUGGUGCAUGCUUUUGCUUGAGGGGGAGGUUUAAUUGGAUGCUUUUAAUUGUUGCAUUUGAGGUUUUUAUUGUUGGUUUCAUGUUGUAAUCUGCUCUGAGAUCAAUCUAAUGAAAGGCGGGGUUAUAAACUGAACAUAUAAAUUAUUAUUAUUAUUAUUAUUAUUAUUAUUAUUGUACAGUAAAACAUAUUAACACAUGAAUUGUGUUCUGGCACCACGUUCAAUGAAUUCACAAUACUAUUAAUAUUAUUAAACAGUAUUUCAGUCUGAAUGGUCUUAAUAAACUAAUACUUGGAUGAAAACGUAGGUUGAUAUCUUUAGACUAGUUGCUCUGAGGUAAAGCCAGAUAGGGAUUACGCCAGAGCAAACAACUUGAAGACUACAGUGGCCUUCAAAAACAACCUUCAAAAUAGAUGAAGGCAGGAAUUGAUGUGUGAAUGGUGCAGCAAGGCCAUUCAGUCUAUAGACUGAAAAGAAUACAUCUGGCAAUGUAACCAAUAUAUCUUUCCAUGAAAUUUAACAAAAGCCCGCUGCCAAACACCACCGUUUGUUUGCAAGGGAAAACAAGGUAGGGUGAAGUGAUCCUACCAUGCAUUGAUGGCCUCCUGUUUCACUGUUGGCAAGAUGGGAGAUGUUGCUGGAGCCAAUUUUUCUCUCCUUCCUUCGUGUGGACAAUGAGAGGGAACAAAAUAUGCCAGACCCAGGGCUGGUGUAGAGCUGUGCACUUUCUGUGGGCACAUCAAGGAAACAAAGAGGCUUUCGAUGAGGUGUGUCUGCACUCACCCCUGGCAUGCAUCUUUCCUCCAACUCCGCUAGCGGCACAUUGCCGGGAGAACAUCUGUGCCAGCACAUAACUGGAAUAGCUGUCGUCCUGCUGGCAUACCUUCAUCUCUGCCGGUGGAGCAGUGCUCAUGCCACAAUGCUAAGGGCCCUGAACUGGCUUUAUAGAGAGUACAGGGUCGCACACUCAGUGUGUGAAGUCAGGCUCACUUCGUAAUUCUACUUCUUGCGCAUGGAAGCAGCAGAGACACUUCUUAUCAAAUAGCUUGUAGAGAAUAAUGGAAAAGAAAUAAGCAGGUGUUGUCUUAUUAACCAAUGUGUCCUAUAACAUGUUAAUACUGAUAAAAAUCCUAAGAACACAAAUGACUGAGCAUGGGCAUCCACAUACAGUGGUACCUUGGUUCUCAAACUUAAUCCGUUCCGGGAGUCCAUUCGACUCCCAAAACUGUUUGAAGACCAAGGUGCGGCUUCCAAUUGGCUGCAGCAGCUUCCUGCACCCAAGCGGAAGCCGUGCCAGACGUUCGGCUUCUGAAAAAUGUUUGCAAACCGGAACACUUACUUUCAGGUUUGCGGUGUUCGGUAGCCGAUUUGUUCGGCAACUAAGCCGUUCGAGAACCAAGGUACCACUGUAGUAAGUUUGUAGCAGUUAUAGAACAGGCACUAUUCUUUUCAUUGUUUGUUGAAGCUGCUUUCAGUGUUUCACUUUUGCCCACCUCUGGAAAAUGUCUUGCAGGCAUCCAUGCAACUGAGAAAAUGUCUUCUUUUUCUCUCUCACCCUUUCUCUUUCCAAACUUUCUUUACUUGACUUUCCUGCUUUUCGUACUGCCUUGAAACGCUCCCACCCAUCACUCACACUAUGAAAGGAUUGGACUAGGGUAUUAUACCUAUAGUCACUGGCCUAGUUAGCACAUCACAGUAAACUAUAGUUGCUAUUUUAUCAUCCACACACCAAGCUGGAUCAUUUCCCCUCCCCACUUACUCUGGGAAGGAAUGAAACACGAUGCCUCACUUAUUGUUAUCUCUCAACAAACUUUGGCUGCAGAUUGAAGGUUGUUUGGAGCAAAACAAAUCACAACCCCUAGUUCAGACAUAAAGCCAAGUCAAGGAUCAUGGCUUGUUUCCCCACAGCAUGAGCCAGGAGGAGCACAGUAGAGCGAAGUGGGAGCAAUUUACUUGUUCAAGGCAGGUUUAUGCUUUGCCAGGGGUUGGACUAGAUGACCCUCAGGGUCCUUUCCAACUCUACAAUUCUGUGAUUCUGUGAACGAGCUCACUGAAUGUGUCUUGACUCUUGGUGUUCUUGAAUUCAUUGGAAUACUUUCAGUAUCAUUUCAAACUCCUGCUUUUUACAGAUGUAAUUUUAAAUCAAAAAAGAGCUGCAUGAAUUAUUUUAUAAGGACAUUGGUUGAAAUUAUUUUAUAUCAACUAGAAACGGAAUUGGUACUGUGACAUAAAUGGGAAGCAAAGGGCAACUGCUCUGCUUGCCCCCACGAUGGCAACCCUGUGCAUUCUCUGCAACUAAACUGCACCAUCAUCUCCUGAAGGAGACCCGGGACUCAGCUACUUUAGUAAAGAAAAAGCAUUUUAAAUGUCUUAUAACACUGUGACACCAGAUGGCGCUGUAGAGUUCCGUCUUCUGCCAAUGUGAUUUCCCGUUAAGAGGUUUACAAUGCGUUUUCCGGAAACUUUUUUUUGAUGUGUCUAGAUGCAGCCCCAGCGACGCUUCACACAUAUAUCAAAUGUAGCCAUGUUUCACAGACUGAAGAGGAGCCAAGAUAGCAACAUUAUUUAAAUAGAGGAGUCAGGUAUAGAUAGAUCUGUUGCCCAACCUUGCGUCCCAGGUAAUUGGUAGAAAGCAUUAUUAAAGCCAGAAGGAUUCAAUACAUGGAAGAAGAAGCCCUGUUGAGGAAGAAUCAGCUUAGCUUUUGCAAAGGGAUGUCCUGCUCAUCCAACUUCUUGGAUGCUUGCCUUGUUCCCCUGAACUGGCAAUUUUUGAAACCAUUCCAUUGGACUAUAAACCUGCCUCUGGCUGCUUUGAUUUUCUUUUCUGCUUUGGUCUUGUAUACAUCAUUUAUCACUUAUUUAUUUUUUUAAGAUCCCGUUUGUUUUCCUCCAAGAUGCUGGAGGGGUUUCGUAAAGGAUCCUUUCACACACCCAUGCAGUCCUAAUAAGUCACUGUAUGACAGGAAGAGGCCAAUGAAGGAGACUGAGGUGGAGGAGAGUGGGAGAGGAUAGAGGGAGGGAAAGGAAAGAGCACAAAUAAAUCCUAAUUAGGGAACACUUCCCAGAUCCCUUCCUAACCUCCCCUCCCCUUUCCCCUUCACUUUGGAGCUACUCUGGUCAACGCAUGUGUGCCCUCAAAGCAGGAUGCAUGUGGUUUGAAACGAAUAGUACCUGUGUGAUAGCAGCUCUCUCACCCAGCUGGCUCCCUCACUCGUCUCAUGCCUGCACAUUUUGCAGCUGGAUAAUUGAUCAUUGCUUCCCUCCUGGAGAACUAGGUCAUGUGGAGAGGCUGUUGUGAAGGCACAUCAAGAAGAAAAGCAGUACUCAGAAUUGUAUUCGGCUGGCUUUUGCAGCUUGCCUCUCUCACCAGUAAAUAAUUCAACAGCUCCACUGUUGUACAAAUUUUGGGAGAAUUCAUGGUCCAUGUCACUCGCUGUAUCAUCUGCAUUUGAGCAGGCCAUAAGUGAUCACAAGAGAAGCAGCAUGGUGCUGUGCUAAGGCCCUGGGUUCAAAUCCUUAUCAGCCACAGAGUUACUCGAGGUCUGUCCAAAUCUUGUUGAGCUAUAGCUCCCUGACUUACAUCUCAUUUUCCUAGCAGCGGUUCUCAACCUGUGGGUCCCCAGAUGUUGUUGGACUACAACUCCCAUCAUCCCUGAGCUCUGGCCUUGCUAGCUAGGGGUGAUGGGAGUUGUAGUUCAACAACAUCUGGGGACCCACAGGUUGAGAAAGGUUGCUGUAAAGGCUGGUGGCUUAUGAAAUAUUCCCCAAAAGCAGCAGCAACAAACCCAUACCCAAAGUUAUUAAAGGAACAGAAGUUUCAAGGUAUCCGUAAGGAACCACAAUUAUCCAGAUAGUGACAAGGUUUUAAGAGCAUUUCUCCGCAUGGCAAAAGGGAUAUAAGGACAUAAAAUGGGCAAUGGUUAAUCCAGGGUCAGGUUCCAGAAAAUAGGGACUGUCCCUGGGAAAUAGAAUCAGCAGCUGAAGAAUAUGACCUGUGUAUUAUUGCCUAGUAUGCUUCAUGGCUUACCUAAAGGCUGUAGGUCAGUGGCAGAGGAUCUACUUUAAAUGGAAAAUGUCCUGGGUUCAAGCUCCAGGCAAGGCUGAGAAAGACCCUGGUGCCAAUCAAUGCAGACCGUUCUGAGCUAGAUGGGCCAAUAGUCUGACCUGGUGUAAGGCACAUUCCUACCUUCCUGUGGUUAAAUGGAAAUUUGAACCCAGUUCUCCCCACUCUUCAGUCCAACAUCCUAUCUGCUGUACCAUCCUGGCUCAGAUGUGCCCUCUUAAAUAGAAUAAUAGAAUUGUCGAGUUGGAAGGGACCCCAAGGGUCAUCUGAAGGCAGCCCUGUUUAGGGAAGUUUUUAAUGUCUGACAUUUUAAUGUAUUUUUUAAUCUUUUGUUGGAAGCUGCCCAGAGUGGCUGGGGAAACCCAGCCAGAUGGGUGGGGUACAAAUAAUAAUUUAUUAUUAUAUUAUUAUUAUAGUUCAACACCCUUCAUUGAAGACGUCUUAUCUAAAGCAUACAUGACAGGUGGCUACUACAAUUAGGAAUGAACCAAUAUAUGGGGCUUUUUUAUUUUACAGAACUAAAAAGGAUUUGCCUACCAGAGUAAGGGCAGGAAGCAAUGCCCUCACCCUGAAUUGGCUUUGUGGCAUCACCAUGUAGCUUGAUCUGCUUAGCUACAUGCCGCUCCUGAUUAGCUAGAGAUACCUUCCUAAGUUGUACCUUAAAACUCCUUUAGCCAAUAAGGGCCAGCACUCUGGGCUCAUUCUUUAGGGAACUUAUCACACACUUACAAUGAUGAACACCAUAUGCAGACGUUAUCAUAGAGGCAACGUCAUAUGAACUGAACGCUGCAGCCUUAAGAAAACAUUCAAAAUCUGAAGGUGGAGAGGGAACAACUGUUCAUCACAUACAAGGAAUGGAUAUUCCAGGCAGCAGGUUUGAAUUAGAGGGCAGUAGUUUUAAAUUAAACAUUAGGAAGAACAUUUUGGCAGCAAUCCAAGCUCAGAGCUAGAUGCACUUAAGACCAUUGAUUUCAAUGCUAGUUUGUGGUCUGUGACUGUAAGAGGAGCUCAUUGGUGGAAGAGCUGCCUAAGGAGUUGGAGUCUUAGAACUAAUAUCACAGGCAGUACCUAAAAUGGCAAAGUUGGGAUACAAAUCUUUCCAUCGUGGGCAAAAACUCCCAGCAAGGUUGUGCGAUUGUAUUAUAUCACCUCAGUAAUCAAUGCUUGUGGGAUACGCAAAGUUCUUUGUGUAUAUUAUCAGUAUUCUGGGAUAUUUAAACAGCAUUUUUUAGGACUUCACUAUCUCAUCCAUCCUCACAGCAAUUGAAUUGAGUCGAAUUGCCAAAUGGUGACCAUUUUAUUCAAGUUGCGGCAACACGGAUGCCCCAAAUACUGUGGCACCUCAGAAGCUCAUGAUGAAUUGCUGAGAGAGAGAGAGAGAGAGAGAGAGAGAGAGAGAGAGAGAAGUUAUCCAAUCUGUUAUCCAAUCCAUUAUCCCAUCAUUAAAACCUCUUCAACCUUGGAUAAGAAGUAGGUUAAGCUGAGAAAGACAGUGACUUGCCCCUCAUCACGGAGUAAUAACUGUUGCUUUAAGCAUUAAGGACACCCCUACAUGGAAGGCACUUCUACCUAGGAAUUAAUAUGCAACCUGUGUGUGCUCUGUGGCAGUCUUGCACACAAGUGGUUGACUUGUGCACACAUUCACUCAGAAGCUGUGAUUGUCCAGGCAGCGAUAAACCCUGAAUUUCACUCCUAUGUAGCCAUGAGGAAAUAUGUAAUUGGUAGCUUUAUGUAGGAGAACCUUCACUGUGAGAAUGCAUAACACCUCUUCCCUUGGGGAAACUGAAAGUCUCUGCAUUUUGCAUUAAUUUCAUCUCACAAUAAUUUAACCCCUGACAAUACAGGCCAGAUUCAUACUUGGGAAUCUGACUGAAAGAAGGGCUCCAUGGUUGAGAAGGAUCUCACUGUUGCAGAAAGCAAAGCACCAGAAACUUAUGUGACUGAACUUUGACCAAAAAGGUUUCUUAGUAAAAUGACUGUUGGCUUAUUUGGGCUCUAGAAUGGCUUCUGUGUUUUUUCUUUCUUAUUUCAAUUUUGCUUUAUUUGGGGGUUUGCGUUGUUGUUUCGUAAUAAAGUUACAAAAGAAAAAGCAGAAAAAUGUGCAAAACAGUUACACAAUAAAAAAAAUGAGAUUUAUAAAGUUACCAAAUUCUUGUAUUCAGCACUGGUUAGCAGAAAUAUAACAUAUAAAACAUACAAUGAAGAUGGGUUUUCUUUGUUAAGAAUAGAAACUUCAUUAAUACUUAAUACAAACAUAUGCAAGUAAAUUUUAGAGGCAGUUUGCAAAAUGUUUUCUAAGAACUAAGGCGUGUUAAGAAUGGGAGCCAUUCUUCAACAAACUUAACAGGGAUGGCUUCUAAUUUCUCUAAAUCACAGUGUCUCAUAUAAUUCUGGAAUGCCAAACAAUAAUUGCCCGGCCAAUAUAGCAAGCAAACUUGGAUUUCAAUAUCUUAAAUUUAAUUUUGCAAAAGCAAAUGCUAAACAGGACUGAGAAACCUUACAUGGAUAAUGGAUGAAAAUAGUUGGUGUGCAUUUUAAGUGUUAAGCACCCAGCAUUUUUUAGAUGAUGUAAUCUUUGCGGAGUUUGUGUUUAAAUACCAGGCAGGUUUCAUAACAGUGGAACACGACAAACCUAUAUUAAUUUUGACGUAAUUUAGUGUGUAUCAGGAGGUUAAUCUUUCCCUUAACUUUGCAAAACCAUUCCAGAAAAGGAAGGAAAACCACUAAGGAGGCAAUGAAUAUUUUAAAGAUACUAUAUUCAGUCAGGACUAUGACACCCGAUCCAAUCUAAUUCUCACAAGGCUAAAAUCAGCCCUAGAUUUAGGUUUUCACAGGCCAAAGUUGAUCUCAUGUCAUCUGUUUUUAUCAGGCAUAUGGGAAGAAAUUACAAAAAUGAAUAGGUUGAGUGGUGAGCCUGCAGUGGGUCUGUACUUGCUCCUUUUCCCUAGAACUGAAAACAUCUACGGUUCUUCCUGUUUCCCUGCAGAAGUCAAUGGCAGAGAGUGUUGAUUGGCUGGUAUGACAAUGCCACCUUCCCCCCCCGCCCCCCCCGCCCCUGCUCAUCUGGCUGUGCAAAGCACUGAUUGGUUGGCCCUUGCGGCAGUCCCAAAGCCACCCAUCGCCAGACAGGAGCAUGCCUCCAGUGAAAAGAAAUAAAGAAAAUGAUUGGCAGGGUUUUUUUAAAAAAAGAAAAUGUUUAUACAUUUAAACAGAUAAGCUUUCCCCCUCCACACCCAGGAAACACCAAAAGCUUGUCCAAAGUAUUGUGAAGGGUGGGGAGUAAACAUUAGAAUUGGAGGUGACUGAGUUAGCAGAGUGAAAGAAAGAAAACACAGAAGUAGUGCACAGUCAAGGACAUACUUAAAAAAAAACCAAUCCCAAAACUUUACUAUUAUCCCACUAUAAUAAUAAUAAUAAUAAUAAUAAUAAUAAUAAUAAUAAUAAUUUAUUUAUACCCCGCCCAUCUGGCUGGGCUUCCCCAGCCACUCUGGGUGGCUUCCAAAAAAAAUUUAAAAUACUGUAAUACAUCAAACAUUAAAAGCUUCCCUAAACAGGGUGGCCUUCAGAUGUCUUCUAAAAGUCUGGUAGUUGUUGUUCUCUUUGACAUCUGGUGGGAGGGUGUUCCACAGGGCGGGUGCCACUACCGAGAAGGCCCUCUGCCUGGUUCUCUGUAACUUGCCUUCUCGCAGUGAGGGAACCGCCAGAAGGCCCUCGGUGCUGGACCUCAGUGUCUGGGUAGAACCAUGGGGGUGGAGACGCUCCUUCAGAUACACUAUCUGUGUAUUUUAGCAAGGUUUAUUAGUCUUUAAUACACCUGACAUGAAAUUGGCUGAUUUAGAAAGAAGUAGUAGAAAUCUGAAGAGAGUUGUGGUGAACUUGAUGAACAGCCAUUGUUUUGUAGGAGAGCAACUCUCUCGCACAUAGAAUGUGUUUCAAGGGUUUGCUUGAAUUUUUUACCGUCUCCUUGUCUUGUGAUUCAGCCAACGUCUGCACUAUAUAUGUAAUUGUAAAUAAAUUUCAAACCUGCUUAGUUCCCCCCAUGGGUCUUAUCUAAGGAGCUCUGGGAACUGUAACUCCUGUGGAGAGUCUUGGAAUCUCUAGCAGAGAUUUCUCUAGGGUUAUCUUCUCUAGGCAAGAAAGGAAGCACAAAAGGAAGUAUCUGUUCCAGCUCUGUGUCUUUACAGGCAGGGUGUUGUACCAAGUUGCGAGAACCAGCACAUAAAAAUAUUGCCCAAAAGAAACUGGACAGAAAAGGGGAGAAUGUGCAAAAUGCAAUCAGACUUCCAGCAAAAUCUUUGGGGAGCAGGGAUGGGGAUUUCUGAGUAUGAGAUCAGAUCAUUUUUGGCAUAGGCUACAGAAAUUGCUGUAACAUCUCUUGCACCGCAGGCACAAUUCACAUCCCUGAACACUAAACAGAUAGUCAGAAUGCAGGGAUUUCAGAGCCACAGAGUGAAAAGUUAGAUUUAUGAAUCAAAGGAUGUUUGGGCUUCUGGAAAUGACCACUGAGUGAAUUCGAGGGCUAUUAUGCUGUCUAGUGGGAUGUGUUGCCUAUGGUGGUGAAAUGACUACACAGGACAAAAUUCUGUAAGGCUGGUAAUUACUUCAGAGCACAGCAGUGGCCUCUGCUCUUUGAGACGAGCGUCUCUGAAAGCCUUUGAUAAAUCAAAGCAGCCCAGGCUGCUGAAAUCACGAUAACAGUGUUAUGAAAAGGACGAGCAUCUGUCUAGAAUAGGUCAACUGCAAUGGCUUAGCACUCUGGCAGAAACAGAAACAGCCCUUCUGUCGCUAGAUGGUCCACAUUUUUCUUUGGUGCCAGGCUUUAGGAGAGCUCGCACAAGAGACGGAUAGACAGAGAAAGGAUGGGGAUGCGAGGGAGAAUCCAUUGCAGCUUGUCGUAUAUUCAGACUGGCUAGCGGGGCCCUAGAAAAUCUGCAUUGAAAGGCAAGUUAGCUAGUUCACUUCCACAUAUCACACAGCAAGAGGUAGAGCAAGCUUAUGCAUUCAUACUAGGAAAGAUGGUGGGUGGAUGGAUGGGUGGAUUAGAUGGAUAUCAUGGCUCUGCUUUUUCAAUUUUAAGUACCCAAUGCACUUGGAUAGCUACCCAACAGAACAGGUAAAUGUGGCUCAAACAAAUAACAAGGGUACACCUUAACUUGGCAUCUAUGGGACAAGUAAGAAAUGGGUGCUUAGACUGGCACCAACUCCCAAAAGUCAGUGGCUUUUCUCACUAUAACCUGGAAAAUCUAUGCUGUGUUUCCAAAAUCGGAUCCUCCAGAAUAGUUAAUGGAACCUAUUACUUGCCCUCCUUUAAGGGGCAUAUUGCCCUCACAAGGUGGUUUACAAAAGCAGUUUAAUGCACACUAACAUCAUUGUGGGGUUUUUUGUGGUUUUUUGUAGGGGGUCAUUUUGUUGCAGCUGUCAAUUCAUUGUGGGGGGAAAACCCCUGGCAAUCUGCUGGAAUUCAUCUGGAAAUCUACCAGUAGUUCUAGAUCUUUUUUCUGACUACCUUGAUUUAGAGUUGCCAAUAAUAAAGCUAUUGUAGCAUCCUGGAGGCUUAUCCCAGCAGUGUAUCUGAAGCUUGAGAAGGUUUUCACGACACACAUGUCCUGUUAGCUUGAUAUAGGCAGGGUUGUGAUGCUAAAUAUAAAUCAAUAAACAAAGCAACAGUUCUGUGCCAACGUUACUCAGAUUUUGUGCCAAAGAAGGAGCUGAAUUUUGUGAUAUCUAAUUAACCAAUGUGCAUCUAUUUCUUUAUUUUGCAAAAUUUUAUUCAUGGACAAGUCUCGACAAGCCUUGAUAAGAAGCAAAGAAAUUUGCAAAUCACGAAAGACUUACCCCUGACCACUAGAAAGUCAGCUCUGUGCAUACAUAUAUCCCAGGCUCUAUGAUUUCACCAGGCAUUGCCAAAGUUAUCUUCACAGUCCUUUAUGUACUAGAAACUUGUUAUCUAUCUAUCUAUCUAUCUAUCUAUCUAUCCAGUGCUUUCUUCUGGGGGUACGCAGGGGUAUGCAUACCCCUAAACAUUUUGUGAAUCUUUGUACUUUUGUCCGUUUACUGUAUUUGUUGUUGUUUAGUCGUUUAGUCAUCUCCGACUCUUCAUGACCCCAUGGACCAGAGCACGCCAGGCUGUAUUUAUUUCCCCCGAUUUGAACUAUAAGAUGGUGAUUUUCUUGAGUGAAGAUGAGAGUACCCCUAAACAUUUUUUUUAAUAGAAAAAAGCACUGUAUCUAUCUAUUAAAGCUAAUAUGUUCAGAUGUUUUAUUUUGUAACAAGUGCCCAGUUCCACGUAGCGGUCAGAAUCAUAAAAUGCCUCCAGCUUUUGAAAAUGUUUUAUGGACCUUUGUUUUGAAAGCCUCAUGGAUUAAAUUUUCCUCAGGUUACACACUUGUUAGGAUCCAUCCUAAAUGGUUCCAGAUGCACUGACAGAAGAAACAAGAUUGCCAAAUAUAGUUCACCCAUUUAUAAACUUGGAAGCGUUGGGGUAAUGCUGGAGAGAUGAUUGUGAUGUCAAACUACAGUUCCUGACAAAACAUUAGAUAAUGAGUUCACUCCUCCAGCAUAUUGAACAAAUAUCUGAUUCAAAAAGAGAACCCCGUAACACAUUCCCAAUGCCUGUGGCAAUCUUGCACCUUAAUGAGAUUAUUUCCCAACUUCUGCUGUUGAUUAGGAGGACAGCCCACAAAUCUACAUCUCCUGAACAAAUCCCCCUCUCACACACACUCUUGUUGUGCAACAGCAAAGUUUUUCUUUAAGCCCCAUUCAUUUCAAAGUGCCUUGGUCAAAGAGUUUCUCAAUGGACUGGGCCUAAAAAUCACGUUCCCAAAAUGCUGAGAGAGGAAAGGGCCCAGGGGAAGUCAGAAGAGUCUUAAAGGACACAUUGUCCAUGUUUGUCCAGAUGUAUGUCCUGAAACACAAAAGAGGAGGCUUAGAAUGGAAUUAAUCAGAGAAAGAAUUCGGUGGAAUCAGUAUUCCGGCAUCUGCUUUUUAUCAGUUUAAACUGUGCAUGUUAUGCCAUAGCAAAUAUUAGAUUUGCAAAAGCUUGCAGCAAUAUACAAUAAUAUAUUUUUUCUGAAGCUUGAUUUCACGUGGCUGUUUUCUCCCACCAUGAGAUUAUUCUUUUUUUAAAAGCCUCCUACCCACCCCAAGUUGAAAUCAACAAGGCCAUCAUUCAGCAUGCUGAUGCAGAUAUAUCUGGGCUUCAGGAAGAGCGAAAUCAGAAUGCGGCAGCUAGACUGAUGACUGGGAGUGGCUGCCAAGACCACAUAACACUGGUCCUGAAAGACCUACAUUGGCUCCCAGUAUGUUUCCGAGCACAAUUCAAAGUGUUGGUGCUGACCUUUAAAGCCGUAAACGGCCUCGGUCCAGUAUACCUGAAGGAGCGUCUCUACCCCCAUCAUUCAGCCUGGACACUGAGGUCCAGCUCUGAGGGCCUUCUGGCGGUUCCCUCACUGCAAGAAGUGAAGUUACAGGGAACCAGGCAGAGGGCCUUCUCGGUGGUGGCACCCGCCCUGUGGAACGCCCUCCCACCAGAUGUCAAGGCAGUAAACAACUAUCAGACUUUAAGAAGACAUCUGAAGGCAGCCCUGUUUAGGGAAGCUUUUAAUGUUUGAAGUUUUAUUCUGUUUUUAAUGUUCUGUUGAAAGCCACCCAGAGUGGCUGGGGAAACCCAGCCAGAUGGGCAGGGUAUAAAUAAAUGAUGGUGAUGGUGAUGGUGAUAGUGAUAGUGAUGAUGAUGAUGAAGAAGAAAAACCUCUCAUACCCAUGCCUAGAAAGCAGAGAUAAGCCAAAGUGUGGAUGAGCCCUGAAUAUCAUGGCAAUGUAUUAAAUAAUCCCAACUGAAUGAAAAGCCAUUAUUAUUAUUAUUAUUAUUAUUAUUAUUAUUAUUAUUAUUGCAAAGUAUGCCUGUACAGCAAGGAUUCUGAUGAAGGGGUCAGAUUUCCAGCAUUCAGGCCAUGAGUGCUUAUGUAUCCAAAAUAACCCCAGCACAAGGGGAGGAGGGCUAUUAGGAGGCUUGGGAGUGCUACAAAAUUCACAUAACUCUUCAGGAUGGAGCCCUCAAAGCAGCUCAAUGGGGACCAUGUAUGCUCACUAGACACAGAAUGCUGGCUAGCUAUUUGGGGGGCGGGGAAUGGAAAACUGGGAGCAAGGAGAGAGCAGGAAUGGAGUGGUCAGCAUCUCCUGUGCUGCAGCAUUUUGUUCCAAGUCUCACUUGUAGACAUUUAGAACGCAUCCACCCACCAUCUCUCAUAAACUACAUGCACUGUGACCCAUUUAUAGCACAAAGAUGCAGUUUUUCGUCAAUCCAGAAUUGUUUAUGCCCAUCCUCAAUAGUGAAGAAAGGCAUCUUCCUGCCCAUUGCUCAUGCUUUUAAUGCCCUUUUGGUUCUCAGAAAGGUAUAAAUUAGGCAUUAAUUUUGUGAAGGAGUCUGCCUAUACAGUGGUACCUCGGGUUAUGUACUUAAUUCGUUCCGGAGGCCCGUUCUUAACCUGAAACUGUUCUUAACCUGAAGCACCACUUUAGCUAAUGGGGCCUCCUGCUUCCGCCGCGCCGCCAGAGCAUGAUUUCUGUUCUCAUCCUGAAGCAAAGUUCUUGACCCGAGGUACUAUUUCUGGGUUAGUGGAGUCCGCAAACUGAAGCGUAUGUAACCUGAGGUACCACUGUAUUGCUUGGUUACCAGUUUCCCCUGAAUAAUGGCCAACUCUGAGGGUUCUGAAUCAGGGUUGCCUAGCUCCCUGAGGGAACUGAGGUAGGCUGUCGAACUGGAGUCCUUGCUUGCAGGAUAUGAUUAAUCGGUAAUUUUUUUCUAGACUGCCUGUUGACCAAAGUCUCCCAGGCUGUUUACUGGGCAGGCUUGUACUGAGCACUUUGCCCCCACGCAAAAGCACCUGGGAGUUUAAAAGCAGCCCAAGAGCAAACAGACCCUUAACGCAUGCGGCCAUUUCCCUGUCAAAAGCAAACUUGGUAGACUUGGCAUUUCGAUUUAAUUUGAGAAAGGCUAAAGAGAACACAAGAGGGAAAAGAAGACGGAAAAGAAGUGGUUCCCUUUCUGUUUCAUCUUACAAACGACUUCCUCCUCCCCAACCCCCUCUAGACUUUUUCUUCCUUUUUUUGUUGCCACACACUCUUCACACAUCAAAACCUAUUUUAGGCUGGCUGAUAAAUCCCAGAUGUCUAGGGAAGGCAGCAAGGACGAUGGUUAUUCCAUUCGCGGCUUCACACGGUUUUCCUGGCAACCUCCUGCGUGAGAUUCAGCCAAGUGGGAAGAACAGAAGAAAAGGGGGGAUGAGUCUGCUUCUCGGUAGUGUUGUGUGUGUACAAGGGGCCUGAAGCAGUGAGCCAGGAUCUCAGAAUGCUGAGGUGACAUUGGAAGGGAGAUGCAUGGCCUGUGUAGACAUCUGUUUCAGUCUGUGCCAGGCUGAAAUGAGCUGAGGCAGGUGUUUGCUGUGCAAACAAUGCAGGUUUGAGGGGACAAGUGGUUAACAUUUCCUGGGUUGCCUUCCUAUGCAACACAGGGCUCCUCCAGAGGAGACCUGUUUAUUCAGCAUUGAUUGUGAUUAGAUGGUUAGGUGACAGCCACGUCAAUGUGACCUGCUUAUUGAGCUUUCCUCUUGAUUUGUUUGUGUGGAGAGGACUUUGCAUUUCCCCAUCAAUUCCCUUAUCACAACAAGUCCAGUCUUUCGGGGAAGCAGGUUUGUUGCACAAAACCUCCCAAUCAGCUUUAAGUGUGCAAACCAAAGUUGCCAAUAUGUGAUUAAAUAUCUACUGAGCUGUGGUUCUUUCAUGCUUUAUCCUGGGCAAUUUUGCAUACGUACUGCCUUCAGACUUACAGCGACUAUAACUCUGCUAUGUGCAACAAGUGCUUGAUAAAACACACUAAAAAUAUACCCAAAUAGUGAUAUGUAAAGCAGCUAUAAAGAGUCAGAUGCCAUUUCCAGAAAGCCCAGAGUCAUAUAAUAAAUAAAAUAAGACUUUGGACCCUCUGGAAGAAGGAUGGAACAAGGGUCAUAAUGCUAAUUUGUUAUAACUUUUUAUCUCAUGUAAUGGCAGUAGAAAUAAUUAUGCACACAUGAACACACACUUGCGACUGAGUUAGUCUCUGAGUUAGAUGACUCUUAAAGGUAAAGGUAAAAGGACCCCUGACUGUUAGGUCCAGUCGCACAGUGCCACCUGCGACUCUUAGGAGUCUCUAAAGACACCUAUUGAAUUCUCUUUUUACCUGACUCCUACUGGCCUCAAAAUCAGGUUAUAUUUCUACAGAGUUCUGCACCUAUGGUGGUUUUACCCCGAUGGCGAAAUACUAGAAAUGGGUUUUAUGAGAAAUGAAUAUUAUUUGGGGGCCUGGUGUCCCUUAUGAACCUGGGAUGUGUUUCUUUUCUAUAUCUUCUGACCAAACAUGUAAUUUAUGCCCAAAGGGCUUAGUUGUUUUCAUGUUUGUUGCUGCAUGCUUGGUUAUUACCCAGAAUUGGAAGGAUGCACAUAAUCGGACUCUAGAUGAACAGUAUAAAAAGCUUUUAUUUAUAGCGGUAUGGGGGGGGGACACAUAUCACUUAAAAGUACAAAGAAGUAAAGCUGCUGUUGAGGUAGCCAUUUAUUAAUCAUACAAUAAGUGAUUUAAAUAAAAAUUGUAUCCCAGUACAUCAUUUAUUUAUAUAGAAUUACUCAUAACUGCCUCCCUUGGUUAUGUCAAUUAUAUUCUAAGUCUCUCUAUGGAGUAGACAGACAUACACAAAGAGAGAGAUAAAUUGAGCUAAAUGUUUCUGUUUAUUUUGAUGUUACAAGCCCAUGUACUUGUGGAUUCUUAGUAUAUGUUUUCCUCUUUUUUGUUCUCUUUUUCUUUGUUCUAAAAGGUAAUGAAAUAAGUGAUAGGCAUUGAAAUUUCUGCUAUAUGUGUUUUUGAAAUACUGUAUUUUUUGCACUUCUUCCCCUCCAAAAAGACGCGUCCAAAGACUCACUUUUUCCCCUCCACAAAUUAAGGGGAAAUGUGUGUGCAUCUUAUGGAGUGAAUGCAGGCUCCAUGGCUUCAGCGAAAGCAACGCAACGCCUCCGGAGUGCAGCGGGAGGUCCCGGAGCUGUGCUCCGGAGGCUUUGGGUGGCUAUCCCUGAAGCUAGGAGAGCAAGGGGGUCGGUGCGCACCGAUCCCUCUUGCUCUCCUGGCUUCGCUUCACUGGAGAGGCACUGCGCAGCUUUCCCUCUCUGCGCAGUGCCCCUUCAGCGAAGCAGCAGGAGAAAUGGAGAUUCCCCCCCCUUGUUCUCCCCCUCUAAAACUAGGUGUGUCUUAUUGUCGGGUGUGUCCUAUAGAGCGAAAAAUACGGGAUAUAUAUAUAUAAUAAUAAAAAAAUGAGAGUUCAGCACCAGCACUGCCCUGGUAUGCAGGUAGUCCCAUUAAUAGACAACAGUUCCUGGGAUUCUUUGAGGGGAAGCCAUGACUGUUUAAACAGAUAUGAUACUGCUUUAAGCAUAUAGUGCAGACGAGGGCCAAUUACACUCAACAUAUAUCUCUUAGGUUGACUUAGCUUUCCCAUUUUCUUUCUCUUCUUAACGGCGCCGUGCAGGUUUUUUGUCAACUUCCCGUCUGCCAAGCAGUACUUCAGCCAAUUCAAGCACAUGGAGGACCCGCUAGAGAUGGAGAGGAGUCCGCAGCUGCGUAAACAUGGCAUGCGGGUCAUGGGGGCUAUUAAUAGUGUGGUGGAGAACAUCUACGACUCAGAAAAGGUCUCCUCCGUUCUAGCCUUGGUGGGCAAGGCGCAUGCUGUCAAGCACAAAGUCGAACCAUUCUACUUUAAGGUAAAGAGAAAGCCAAGUCUUUGUUCAUUCAUGGAUAACAGGGAAAUACUUCAAUUAGGGCAGAUAAAAAGCAGCGAUUCUGUGCCAGUUGCCCAUUCUGGCCAUAGCUGUCAACUUUUCCCUUUUCUUGCGAGGAAUCCUAUUCGGAAUAAGGGAAUUUCCCUUAAAAAGGGGGGGGGAGUUGACAGCUAUGAUUCUGGCUAGCUAGUGAUCCCCCCCCCACACCUUUUUUGUUCUUAAAUUAAAUACAUCUGUUUGCAAAGGAUCAAAUUUGCACAAAACUGAUAAAUAAAAAUUGAAAAAUAAAGUGGAUACUUAAACAAUGAAGCCCACUCCCACAGGAGGCUGUGAUGGCUUUAAAAAAAGAUGUUGAGACCCUUAUGUCUUCCCUCCCUUUAUGGUUUUGAUUUAUGGCCUACUUUUAAAAUGAGGCUGCUUUUUAAAUUGUAUUUUAACCGGUAUUUUAAAUUGGGGUUUUUUUGUUUGUUUUCCCCCCCUAUUAUGUUUCCAUUGUAAUUUUACUGGUGUUGGCCGCCCUGAGCCCGGCUUUGUCCGGGGAGGGCAGGGUAUAAAUACAAUUUAUUAUUAUUCAUGAAGGAGAAGGUCAUCAGUGGCUACUAGCCACGUUGGCUCUGCUCUGCUUCCACAGCUAGAGGAAUAAUGCUUUUGAAUGCCAGCUGCUGGAGACCAUAGGUGGGGAGAGUGCUCUUAUCCCCAGGUAUCUGUCUGGCUUCGGUGAGAACAGGAUGCCUGACCCGGUGAACCAUUGGCCUGACCCCGCAGGCUUUUUUAUGUUCUUAUGUCGACAGCCAGGACAUUCUAUCCCUUCAUGAGUUCAUCUGAAGCCACAGUGUGCUUGUUUAUGUCCACCAUUGGGCAAAGUGUGAAUUUCUGCAAGACUUUAUUCCCCUUGUCAUAUGAUCAACGAUUGGGAAAUGCUAAUUCAGUGGGGGGGGGGAGUGUGCUGGCAUGUGGAUGAGGAGGAUAUCAUGUGAACUCCAGGAAAAAGCAUACAGGCACAAGUGAGCUCUGAAUGCACAUUAAACUGCUGUGCAGAUGUGGCCUAUAUAAAAUUCUGGCAAAUAGGCAGGGGAAAUGGAUUUAUAGAAAUACUUGUAUUGCAAAGAGCAUGUCUCAGUAAAGGUACAUAGAAAAAUGUAAUAAAUUCAAUAAUUAAAUAUAAACAUAAAAAUUGAAGAAAAACACUUGUAGAAGAAACAUAAAAAUAGGACUCAGAUAGUGCAACACUGCAUCUGAAGAUACAAAUCAAAAACAACUGAGACAAAUUCACUGAUACAGUCUGUUGUGGGUUCUCAGAAGCAUAGGAAUUUGGGAUAGUCCCAGUUUGUUGAUCUAACUCUUUUGGGGUUCCAAAAUUCCAUUCUAGUUCCAAUCAUGGAAGAAAUUUAUAAUUAUGUUCUGUGGUCAUCAGCAUCUGAUUAAGGUUUCUCUCCACUAACGCUCAGGAGCUAUUUCCUUUUUAAAUGUUCACAUGGACUUUGGACACUAAGUUCUUAUUUUCAUACCAGUUGUGCCUGUUGUGAACUGUCCUGCUUUCAUCUUCAGAGGUGGUUCCUUCCACUUUGUAUACAUGGAUAUAUACAUAGAUGAAUUCACUUGAGGUAUUUGAGAGGCAGAAGGGAAGUGAGCCAGAACGAUCUAUUUGCUCAUUUUAUUAUAUUUUGUACAUCGCUUCACAACGUGCGUGCGGAAGGCAAUUAAUAAAUAAACACAUUAUCAGCAAAACAAAUAAUAAGCAAACAAGAAAUUAAAAUGUGGUAAGAUGCCCUGGUCUGCAACAUAUGGAAGGACAGCAUAGACCCCAAUGAAGAAAUUGGAAUUGUGCUGGCAGGGAGACACAACAAAGAUAGACACUAGUUUCUUGUUAGGGGAAAAUAUGGGGGACACUGUCUUAACUUAUUACUGCCACUUCUUCUCCUCCCAGAUUCUCAUUGGUGUCAUACUGGAAGUGCUUGCCGAAGACUACGCCAAUGAAUUCACCUCCCCAGAGGUCCAGAGAGCCUGGGCCAAGAUGAAGAGCCUCAUCUGCACUCACGUGACUGCCGCGUACAAGGAGGUGGGCUGGGUGCAGUAUCCAAACUCCACCAUGUGAGCAGACCAGGGAAACAGGGCUGGGGAGGGCUUGGGGUUUCCUCUGAGGCUUUGCGCUCUCACUACAUGCCACCCCUCUCUGCGCUCCCAGUAGAUUCGUAAGCCUAGGCUCGGUAGUCUUAACGAUGAGGAUUCUGCCACAGCAAUAAGGGGAAGAGGGUAAAGUUGGGGAAACACUUUGUAGUUCAGAGAUGAUUUCACAAUGUGGUCUAACUCGCCUGUGAGCAACCUAAUUGCAGAAGAUUGAAUGUAAUCUGGUUCCGAAUACCCAUAAGGCAUGUAGUUAUCUAAAGAAUUCAGAAGUGCUUUGAUGUACUCCCAAGGACUGUGAACUGCACAUGCUCUGAGGAGUAUGAUGCUUAACCUUUCACCCUUGGCAGUCCUCAUAGGGAGGCUAGCCAGUUUUCCUCACUGUCCCUUCUGAUAUUUGAACCGUUUUAAUGAGGGACUCUUUCCAUAUGUUCUCUGUGCUUCGGCUUUUCCACUGCUGUACAAAAUCAGCACUUAGUAUAGCACUGGGAACACACGUCAACAGACUGGGAAGCUGUCGUGCAGUGGUGGCUUUUAGACCCCGCCAUUUUGCUAUUGAUGGCAAGCUGCUAGGAUGCCCAAAUCCAUAAAACAAGAAGGAGUCUUGUGGCACCUUAAGGACAAACAGAUUUAUUGCAGCAUAAACAUUUGUGGGCUCCCGUCUGCGUCAUCAGCAGCAUGGCUACCUCUUGGAAGCUGCCACAAUAGGAAGCUGCCUCAAACCGAGUCAGGCCAUCGUUCAUCUACCACAGUAUUGUCUGCACUCAGCGACAGCAGCUCAAUAGGAUUUCAGGUGGAAUCUCUCCCAGUUGUAUGCGGAGAUGCUGGGAAUUGAACUUAGGACAUUUUGCAUGCAAGGCAGAUGUCCCAGCAGUGAGCUACAGCCCUCUUUGGUUUCAGUUUGAUCCCACAGAGUUGCAGAGCUUCCAAAACUCAGGCAUGGUACCACUAAAACAUCUUGUGAGGCUUCCACUGAUCACAGGCUACCCAGAAGGAAGUGCUGUCUCUGGACUCUAAUUAUGAAGAAAGCAUAUAAAUCAUACCUAGGUUGAUUCUAAAAUUCUUGAGUUUUCCUCUGAUAGAUCCCUAGCUCAAUAUUAAACCAUCCUUUCAACAACAGCAAAAAUCCUCCUAGACUGUAAAUCAUAGAUAAUAAGGCAGCUCCUGCACGUUGUUGAAUCAUCCAGCCUCGAGAUAUUUUUGUUCUUCUUCAUUGGCGGUGAUUUGCUUGCAUAAUUGUUGAAGCCUGUGAUUCACCUCAGCUCUCUGUCUAGGUGGCGAAGAGUGUCAGUUCUGGCCUAUUUUCAUAAAGAGCUCAGGGAUAUUAGAAGAGCGUGCUGGGAUUCCCUCUCCGAUCUUGAUUCAUACUGGGUUAGAACAAAGGCUUAGUCAGACAGAUUGAUGCAGAAAGGGAUUUGCCAAGGCUCUGGAUAUUCUCCCAGAGGCAACCCAGCCUCAGCAGUGACUCAGCAGCUCAUAGUAGGCAAACGCGGUGUUUAGCCAGGCAAGUAUGUAAAGCAGCUGCAGGAAUUAGGGAUGAAGUUUGUAAUGGUGGUGUGUGUCAUUCUCUGGCUGAUUCCGAGGGAAGGAAAUCGCAGGCCAGGAGACUUCCUUCACCAAUAUCUGUGUAGAUGUUGUGCCAUAAGAGAGCAAUUGCUGCUAACUAACGACCCAACAGAAGUAAGUCUCUUCUGUUCACCUGUUGACAGAACCAGAUAGCCGCACAAGACUGCCAUUCCCUUAGCAAUACAGUGGUACUUCGGGUUACAGACGCUUCAGGUUACAGAUGCUUCAGGUUACAGACUCCGCUAACCCAGAAAUAGUACCUCGGGUUAAGAACUUUGCUUCAGGAUGAGAACCGAAAUCAUGCUCUGGUGGCGCGGCAGCAGCAGGAGGCCCCAUUAGCUAAAGUGGUGCUUCAGGUUAAGAACAGUUUCAGGUUAAGAACGGACCUCCGGAAUGAAUUAAGUACUUAACCUGAGGUACCACUGUAAUAGUGAAGGACUAUCUCCCCUCCCCGGGAACAAUAAAAUGAGCAUGCAAGACAUUUCAUUGUAUUAUAAUAAGGGUGAGUAACUGCUAGGCUUUAAAGGAAGGGUUCGUCCAAGCAUGGUCUGAGAGGUUUUUCAUUUGCCCCCCCCCCCCCCCGUUUUCCACAGGAAAUCUGCUUUUUACUGUUGAAUCAGGACAGACAUCGUUCUGCAGAAAACCUGGAUGAUGUUUGCUGUGAUUCAGUGGUGCACUGCGGGUUUUCCAUGGGGAAAGAGGAGGGACAAGGAGAAGUGUGGAUGAGUCCAAAGUAAAAAAAGACAGCAAGGCAAUAAUGUGUUGCUUGUUCUUACAGUUAUAUAGGAAUGGCAAGGAUGCCUUGAAUGCACACGGACAUUGUCACACAAGCAGGAGAUACCAAAAUAGUGUUUCUGCGUUUCUGCGUCUACCACAUCAGUUGGGUUAUUAUGUCUUGAAUAACAAUCCUGCAAUUCCUUAUUCACAGCCAAAGCCAGAUUAAGGCUGCAGUCCUGUAUGCACUUACUUGGAAGUAAACAGCACUCAACACAGUAGGACUUACUUCUGAGUUCACAUGUUACAAGGUUAUGCUACAAAGAUGUGUGCAAAGCAGUAAUACCUUGGGGAGAAUGUACAGAACAAUGGGCUUUUUUUCUCUGAGGGGAUAAAGAAACCUUGGUUCUCUCUACCUUUGCCCCAAAAUAUUUUUGCUUCAGUCCCACCCAGGAGAAAAGGCAUAUUAAUAUUAAUAAUAAAUAAGUCAUACUGUGUUGAGUGUUGAAUAUAACCCACAAAGCUAAGGUGCAUUUUAAUCUGUAAUUUUAGUUUAUAAUAUAUAUUUUUAUCAGUUGUUUUUAUUCAUAUACUGAUUUUUAAAAAAACACACCUUGAUUUAACCUUGACCUUAAUUAAGUAUUUUAAUGACACACACACACAGGGUUUUAUUUACAGUUGAGUGGCAUACAAGUACAAGUUGUUUUAUUAUGGUCAAUGACCAGUGCCAAGGCAAAAACACCAAUUACAAAAUUUGAAAGCUCUAAACAAGAUAAAAUGAUAUAAAAUCGCAUAUACAUGUAAAGCAGUUCUGGGGGUCAUUUAUCUGUCAGAAAGGAAACCCUUCUUACCCAUUAUAUAUUAUGUUAAUCCUGGGUGCUGAACGUUAUAUGUUGUAUUUUGAUUGCUGCUAUCCUUUUUGCUUUAAAAGAGAGGCAGUAAUCCAAGAAUGUGAUAAGAAAGUCGCAAAUGAUAUAGGGCUCGUCCACACUGGAAUUUACAGUGGUACCUCUGUUUGGGAAUGGGAUCCGUUCCGGAGGCCCGUUCACAACCUGAAAGGAACGCAACCUGCGUCUGCGCGGGUCACGAUUUGCUGCUUCUGCGCAUGCGCGUGAUGUCAUUUUGUGCAUCUGUACAUGUGCGACCGGCAAAACCCGGAAGUAACCCUUUCCGGUACUUCCGGGUCGCCGCGGGAUGCAACCUGAAAACGCUCAACCUGAAGCAAACAUAACAUGAGGUAUAAUUUUACUGUGCAUUUGCAGCUAUUUGCAUUCCAAUUUAAUUUGUGUAGUCCACAUGAUUUUACUCUCAAACAACACCAAUCUCAAUGCUUUUCUCCGUAAAUUUAGGUUUACAUGAUACAAAGAUAAUCUGACAAAUUGCACAAAAUUGGGCUCCAAACCACUCCUCUCAGGUUCACAGACAAUUCAUUUCUGUGUUUUGAGGUUAGCAUUUUCUACCUAGCUAUUUGUUUCACACGAGAAUAGGAAUCUUAACUCUCUUUGCGUGCAGAUCUGGAACCUACCAAAAAUCCUCAUCGACAUUCAUACAAAUAUUGAUCUGGAUGGAUAAAGUAGUAGGAAAGAAAGGUCGUUUACUGUAAUUAUAUCUCUAGCAGCAAAACAGGCAACAGAAGGACAAAUGUUUAACAGAAUGUCCUUCCAGCAGAUGAAGUAAGAGUGUGGGGACUGUUCCACUUGCAUUAGCUUUUGUCCACUAAAAGCACCUCAAGUGACCAAGGUCUGGCUGACCUUGCAGGCUGACACUGAGUGCAUGGAAACAUGGUGCUUGCUUCCAACACAUCAGCUAAUGGAAGUGUGAAGUGUUUCCGCUGACCUGGGUUGCUUCAAGAUCAGCUCAAAUCAGAAGGAAGCAUACCAUCAUUUUGGUUGGAAUCCUCUGAUCUCAUCCAUUGCUAGUACAGAAACAAACUGGCUUUCAUGGUUUUGCUAUGCAUUAUAGGCUAAAAUGCUCAGAAGGGUUUUGCGCACACAGAAAACACUUCCGCAAAUUAGUUCUGUGAUGGGAAAAUGCACUGGAAAGUUUGUGUUGACGCAACAUCUUAUAACCUCUGUACAAGCAAAUCAGGCUGAAUGCUCAAUAACUGGUGACGUCAUCUAACCGCCCUGUAAACUUUGUGCAAACAAAUCAGGAUGAAUGCUGAACAAACGGGUCAUCUGAAGGCAACCUUGAAAAUUUAGAUCCAGUGUCUAGACUGCAAAGUAGCGGUCCUAUAGUGAGCAUUCAUCGGUGUCGUAUCCCUGGAAGGAAAUAGUUCUCUUAGAGGAGCUUGGGUAUAGCAGGGAGCAACUGCAGGAAGAGGAAGAGGAAGAGGGAAAAAAAGGCAGCUUUACAAUUUCAGCCUGACAAGGGCACUGAGAGGCCAGUGCUGGCUUACAUAAAAUAGUCUAGUGAGCUGAAGGACAUUGAGCCAGAAUAGGGCAUGCGCUCCAAUUCAGAACGAUAUGGAAGUCUGUGAUAAAUGAAGCAAUGAUAUCUGGAAGUGCUCUCUUCUCUCUGAGGCAAAGAGCCAGAAAUUCCUAACUUAAGUCAUUAACACCACGACUGAUUUCAGCCAGCAGUUCUGAGAGAAUAUUUAUGAGAGAGUUUGCCUCUCCCAGUUCAGGCAAAAAUAUGGAGCAUGCAGUCUUCAGGGUAUUUAUGAAGGUUCUACUGAUUUUCUUGAGGGAAGUAAAUGCCAUCUUUUAAUUCUAAUUUCUAGUCCUCAGGAGAUUAUUAAAGUAAAUUUGACAACUGAAUGACAGCUGUUUCAUAAGCUGUUUUUAUUUUAAUUUUAAACAGCUUAUGAAGAGGAAUAUCUGUAUUUGGGUGGUAUGUCACUGCAGGUGGCAGAUGGGUCAAGGGUUCACAUGCCUGAGUGCUCCUGCAUCAAAAAUUUGUGGAGGACAAAGCUACCAGUGGCUAGCAGUCAUGAUGUCCUUGUAUUGCCUCCAGAAUCAGAAGCAGCAUGUCUCUGAAUACCUGGUCCUGGGGUCUGGAGUCCUCUUGUCUUGCUCAGAGGCUUCCCGUAGACCUCUUGUUGGCCACUGUGAGAAACAGGAUGCUAAGACUAGAUAGGCCCUUGGUCUGCCUCCAGCACAGCUCUUCCUAUGUUCUUAACAACACAGAUUUAUCAUCUCAUUUCUAUUCAAAUUAUAGUAAUUAUUUCUAAAUUUGCACAUUAGCAAAUGCAAAUUUUAUGCAAAUCUCUGUCCUCCUUUGUCCUUUCUCUUUUUUUUUUUUUUUUGGCAAAGCAUAUAUUCUAUUUAUGCAAAUCUCUGUCCUCCCUCUUUUUCUGGCAAUGCCUUUCUUCUAUUUUGGCAAUGUGUAAGUGACCAUGAUAGCAAACAGAAUACUGAUGCAGAAGACCUCACGUUGCCAUUUUUAUAUUCCUGUAUAUGAAAAAGAAUGAAAAGCUGUGUUCAACUGUCCAUUCCCCUGGGUUCUGAAGGUGAUCUGUUGAAUGAGAGCUGUUGUUUCAGCAAGGAAGCAGCUCACGAGUGGGAAGUGGAGGCUCCACCCCUUCCUGUCUCUUGGCUGGGCCCUUAUCCAGACAAGUGAUUCCUUUCUUCCUGCUGAGUAGCUUCACAUUCAGCUAGUAGGGCACUUUGGUGUUGGUGCUGAAGCUUCUGCUUGGCUCCUCUUCACCUCUGCUCCUCUGACUAUGGGAGAGAAGGCGGGACAUGUCCAGGAACCCUGGCAGGUAGUAUGGGAACCUUCAAUGUUAGGGCAGGGAUAUCUUGGUCCAUCGGCUGUUCAGAGUCACUGGCAGUGUGGAUAUAGUCCUGCUCCCCUUGCUCAUUUUCUGGGAAAACCUGAACCCUGACAGCAAGCCAUCUGGAAUUCUAAACAUCUUUGCUUAGCUAACGAUGGACUCCAGUGCAAAUAGGGACUGUCCUUUUCUAGGGUUCUCUGCCACCAGUUAAAGGGCAGAGUUGCAAUCUUCAGACGCAAGAACAACUCCUGUACCUCCUUCAAAGACUAUCCAAUCCAGGCUUAUAUCAAGAGAAUCCAUAAAGAACUAAGAGAAGGGCAAAGGAUCUCAGCCCAAAACAUUAUGGGGAUUUAGUUGGGAAUCUCAGUGUGCUUCUGAACCAACGCCAUAUUCUCAUGGAAUAUUUGUUUGCACUGCUGAGAUGUUUCCAAGAACAACUGUGGAGUGAAAACCUGUUAUAAUUCCAUCCAAACUCACAGCAGGGAUAGAAGGGUUUGAAACAACGGGAUAUCAAGGAUCUCUGCAGGCUCCCUCAAAUGUUCACACACUAAGUUUAUCUUGACAUGUAGGACCUCCAAGACAUUUCAUCCAUCACCCGGGAAGUUAUUGACAUGUUAAGUUUUAAGUAAAGAGAAUAUUGAGUGUUGCCAAAAGACCCCUGUAGCUUUUCAGCAGGGUUCCAGAAUCCAAGAGUAGCUGAGAUUUGGGUACCCAUUAGAUGUGAGACCCAGCUGUAUUUCAGGGGAACAACUGUGUAGGUCUUUCCCAUGGAAUUAGCAAUGCACUAGAAGGAGGGGGCUGGUUUUAUGGGAAAGACCUGCCCAAUGGGCCCCACGACCAAGUCAUUUGAACAUUCUUUACGGUAUUUACAAUUCCAGUUAUUUAUUAAUCACUUUUCAGGCCGAGCCCUCACAAAGCCAUAUGCAGAACAACAGAACCUCAGGCAGUGUAUGGAACAUGGAGUAGAUACAGGCAAGAGAGGUACUGAAUUAAAUCGCCAACAUUCUUUAAGGAAAUAAGAAAAUUGUAAGUUUUUAAUACCUUCUUGAAUGACAGAACAAAUGUGAACUGGAAGAGUUCCACAAUUACUGGGCCACUAAUGAAAAGACCCUGCCCUGUGUGCUUACCAGCCUAACUGACUAUACUGGGGGACACACAAGCAGGACCUCAGAUGAGGUUCUUAGAUUAUGGGCAGGGUAAUAUGGCUGCAGGUGUUCCCUUGGGUAACCUGGAACCAAACCAUUUAGGGCCUUCAAGGCUUGUAUCAGCAUUCUGAUAUAGCCAAAUGCAACUAGCACAAAACUGCCCUCUGUUAGCAUCCUGGUGGCUGUACCAGUUGAAGUUUCUGAGAUGGCUUCAAAGCACUGCAAAGUCCAUUUCAGUAGUACGGUUUAGCCAGUUUAUUUGUGGAUAGGCAGCUCCCACAUGAGAACAUAGCAGCAACAACAUUAUCUGUUAUUACCUAAACUUGGUGCCUGAGAGACGUCAAGGUCAAGGAAUCUCAAAAAUUAGGCACAUUGGCAUCAGAAUUAGAUAAAUAGUCAGGUGGAGAAAAAUAAUUGUAAGCCUGUCUGACUUGACCAUUUUGUUUUUUUCUGUUUCUGGCCAAGUUGCUACAGCAAAUUCUAGCCUUCAAAAACACAUUAUAAAAAAAUGAUAAUACUGGUUUAUUACUUUACAGACUUAAUUGUUACUAAAUAGAAUCCAGAUGUCCACAGCUGCCAUCCCUUGUGUAUCAACCUAAUAAGCAAAACACAUGCCACUAGGAUACCACUAAGAUAAAACAUAUGCAUGUACAAAAACAUGUUUGUAAAUAUUACAUUAUCAAAAUUAAAAUUGGUGUGUGUGUGUGUGUGUGUGUGUGUGUGUGUGGUGAAAAUUAAGGGCUGUCCUCUUUUCUGUUCUCCUUCCUUUCCAAAGCUGUCUGAAAGACUUAUGACUUAUUCACAGAUUUAUCAAGAAAACACAAAAGUCAAACUGAAAAAUUGGAAUGCAUUUUUUAAAAAAACCCCAAUGGAAUUAAAAGUAGGGGGGAAGAGCAGAAACGACGAAAAAACCUUGGCUCAAGUUGUGGUACUCCCUUAGCACACACAGAGAGAGACAGCUGCUCCAUGUUUCAUACAGGUCUAAUAUCUGGAUCCUAAGCCUUCUCUCUCACUCUUUCUCAUAUCAUAAGCAACAGACAUUUCAAAAUGAAAAUUCUUGGAAACCAGAUUCCAUUUAUCUCUUCUGUUUCACUCUGUGCUCAGUAGAUAAGUCAUAGAUUGCAUCAUGCCAUGUUUACUCUGCUUAAUGCCUUGCAUAGUUCUUGUGGCGUGAAUCUAACACACUUUGACUUGAACUAAUUGGAUUGUCCAAGAACCCAUAGGCUGUGAUUACUCAAGCAAAUUACAGCACUCGGGAGGCUAGAGAACACGCUCUUUAGUGUUUUAACUGUGCAAAACAAAGUUGGAUUUUCGUUCAUUCAGUUCAGCCAUGAUCAAGGUAGGAACCCUGCACACAUAAUCCUAGCUAAAUUGGAAAUUGUAAUUGCGGGAAAUCUUGGGGAGAAGAAAAGGCUAAUGAGUAAACCCUACACAAAUCUGGAGUAGGCAGUUGGACGGUGCUUUGUAUGCCUCUUUCCAGCAAUUAUGGCAGCCAAUCUGGUGCCCAAUGUAUUGCUCUGCUUUCCUUUGGACCACAUUAGUGAAGCCGGGGGGAGAGAUCACUUCAGUGCUGCUAAUGCAGCAAAAAUAACAUGUGAGGCAGCAAUUAUAAGUUACCAAUCUCUGCAGUCACAGCGGGUGCUGUGAUUCUCCACCAGUUUGGCUUUGCCCUCAGAGGCGGACUCCAUUGUCUCUCGAGACAGAUGGAUUCCAACUCUUUGAAUUCUCAAAUAUUUUCCAUAUAUUCCCCACAUGUUUCUUGUGUGUCUUUUGAUGCCCAAAGAUAUCUGAUCUCAAUCUUUGAAAUUGACGGUUGACAUAUGGCAGCAUUAGAUGAGAUGAGAGAAGAUUUAGUAUUUGGCAGCUCUAAUAGAAUGGUAUGUCAUCAUGGGUUUAAAACUCUCAGCAGCACUUUCUGCCCCAACUCGUCUGCCAACGACUUUCUAUGCAUCCCUUAUAAAACCUCAGCCACUCUGUCAGAUUUUGUAACAUAUUCUAGGGAGUUCACGAUUCACAAAUUGGUUAACAGGUCACCUGUUGUUCCCUGAUAAGCUGGUUGACUAUUGAUGGGCACUACGUCCUAGAAUCAUAUUCAACAUCUGCCCUUGGUAUAAGCUUUCGUCUGCAUGCACACAAAAGCUUAUACCAAGAACAAACUUAGUUGGUCUCUAAGGUGCUACUGGACUAUUUAUUUAUUUAUUUAUUUAUUUCGACUGCUUCGGACCAACAUGGCUACCUAUUUGAAUCUAGAACAUCUGCCCUGGUUACUGUUUUAUUUCUGAGCCCAACUUAAAAUACUGAUUUUGAUCCAUUUACUGAGAUAUGCAGACAACAAUUUCACUAGGUUGUCUUCUUCAAAGUGCAAUACUUUUUCAGCAAAAGCCUCUGGAUUCUGUCAUGUCCUUGUGCGUAUUAUUAUUAUUACAGUGAUACCUCGGGUUAAGUACUUAAUUCAUUCUGGAGGUCCGUACUUAACCUGAAACUGUUCUUAACCUGAAGCACCACUUUAGCUAAUGGGGCCUCCUGCUGCUGCCGCGCCACCGGAGCACAAUUUCUGUUCUCAUCCUGAAGCAAAGUUCUUAACCUGAAGCGCUAUUUCUGGGUUAGCAGAGUCUGUAACCUGAAGUGUAUGUAACCUGAAGCAUAUGUAACCCGAUGUACCACUGUAUUAUUAUUAUUAUUAUUAUUAUUAUUAUUAUUAUUAUAUGUUUUUCUUUCGCCAAACCUUCGGAGAUUAGGAGUUUUAAGGCUAUGGCUUGUUCUGCUUUUUUUCUUUUUCCCUAUGUGGCUUGAUUUGCUUUUAUAUCUACUUUUAUUUAUGUUUUUUCAGAUAUGUUAAUAAUUGAUACUGUAUAAUGUACACUUUUUGAAAACUGUCCCAGCUUAAAAAGUGAUACAUAGAUCUAGUAAGUAAACAAAACACUUAAACAAACAACUACAAUUUUAAUUUUAGAGUUAAAAUGCCAAAAAGUCUGGUACCCCAUGAAACUGCUGUCAGAGAACUUGAAGGAUGCCUGCAUUUAUUAAUUACAGAGCAUUUUAAUUGUGCAAAGUGCUUAACAAUCCGUAUUGCUGAAAAUUAUAAGCAGAUCCCCAUUAUAGCUUUCCCCUUCUUGAUCUUCAGAGCUGAAUAUUGAUCACUCAUCAUGAAUUUACGAAUGGAAAAGGUGGCUUCCAAAUCAGCUUUCAGUCGGAACUGUCACCUCUGAACAGGUGUUCAGUGCUGUGACUCAAUUCCAACAAUGCAACUAAAAUUACUUACCUGCUGAGACAAAUUACUUAGCUGAGACAUUUCCUCAAAACAUCACCUAUACUGAAAUGCUGAAGUAUCUUACUUUGUCAGAAAUAAGUAGUUAAAUAGGUAAUCGACUUUUUAAAGAACUCUGCAUAGGAAUACACAAACUGUGAUUGUUGACAGCCAUCGGGAUUGCUAAUUUCCAGGCUUUGUCUGGCAUCAAUUGAAAGAGGCUGUCCUUAUUGCUUUGCAUGGAUUUUCAAAACCCUAUUCCUUUGGUUGGGAUAUUUUCGCACAUUGCAGCUGCUUUUAAACAAACAAUGAAAAGGUUGGCAGCAUUAAAAAAUAUUAGUAACGUGUUUCCCCCCUGCCCCUCAUUUGUUUGCUCUUGUUUGCGGGCUGUUUGCUGCAUGAUCAAUGGUUUCUUGAGUGCCAUUUUUACACAAUCCCAGCCAGUCAGGGUUCAUGGAGUUGAUGUAAAGAUGUCAUAACACCCCCACACCCCCAAAAUGCCUGGCAGCCAAUGCUUCCUAAACUGACAUGUAGCUAGCCAGGAGUAAAGGUAAAGGGACCCCUGACCAAUGUCCAAUGUGACCGACUCUGGGGUUGCGGCGCUCAUCUCACUUUAUUGGCCUAGGGAGUACAGCUUCUGGGUCAUGUGGCCAGCAUGGCUAAGCCAAUACUGGCGAACCAGAGCAGCGCACAGAAACGCCGUUUAUCUUCCCGCCGAAGCGGUACCUAUUUAUCUACUUGCACUUUGAUGUGCUUUUGAACUGCUAGGUUGGCAGGAGCAGGGACCAAGCAACGGGAGCUCACCCCAUCACGGGGAUUCGAACUGGUGGCCUUCUGAUCGGCGAGUCCUAGGCUCUGUGAUUUAACUCACAGUGCCACCCGCGUCCCUCUAGCCAGGAGUGGCAUGUAGCUAACUAGGUCAAGCUACAUGAUGAUGCCACAAAGCCAGUUCAGGGUGAGGGCAUUGCUUCCUGCCCUUACUCUUAGUGGGCAAAUUCUUUUUACCUCUGUUCACUGUCCAUCUCCAGUUGCCCAGCGAGGCAUUAUUAUUAUCAUUUAUACAUAUUUGGUUCAUUCCUAAUUAUAGUAGAACCUGCUAAAGCCCAUUUCGUACAAAGAAGGAGCAGUAUGAUGGAAAGGUAACUGUUUGGUGAUGUGUUGUGCGCAGUGGCGUGUUACCUAGUCCAGUGAUAUUCACCCUGCCUCUGCAAACAUAUACACACCUUGUCUUGCUCUGCUGAAAUCCCCCAGAUCUCUAUGACAGCCUCUGUACAUGAACUGCAUACUAAAUGAAGCAUCCUCCAUGCACUGUAACACUGCUUUUUGUUUUCAUGAACUGGGACACACACACAAAAAGGCAUAACAAAACAUAUCCCAUGCUGUUGGAAGUAUGCGUUAAGAUCAAAAGAGUUGGAGAUAGGGACAGGGCUGUCUUACCCAUAGGCACUAGGGGUGCGGGGCACCCGGGUGGCGGGCUCUCAGGGACUCCAGGCUGAGAGUCUGGAACCUGAGAGUUGAGUCCGGGGAAGAGCCCGCCUGUCAGUCAGAGCGCCGCGGCGGGCUCUUCUGCUGUGGGUGGCUCUGCGCCACGAGUUCUGGGGUGACUGAGCCAGUGAGAUGCUGAGGCGCCGGCCAGCUCCGCCCACCUGCGUGCCUGGGACUGGGCAACCGUGGGGGGUGCCGGGCGGAUCUUUACACCCCGGCACCGCAUAUGCUUAAGACAGCCCUGGAUAGGGAACAGCUGAAGCAAGCCCAGAGCAGAAUGUGGGUGCCACAGCAUGUUCACUGAUUCCUUAACACUUUGCCAAUCUAGCAUACAGCAUGCUUUGGCUAAUUUAGGUUGGUGAAGUACACUUCCCCACAGGGGUUGCAGUCAGUGGACUAGAGGGAGUAGUUGAGUCCCCUAAAUGUUCCCCUGGUGCCUCCUUCCUAAAGCCUGAGAGGAUUCUGCUUGGCUUAGAGAGGGAGGCCAAUGCUCCGACAGGGUCCAAGAGCCCAGACACUGAGGUCCAGCGCCAAGGGCCUUCUGGCGGUUCCCUCCCUGUGACAAGUGAGAUAACAGGGAACCAGGCAGAGGGCCUUCUUGGUAGUGGCUCCCACCCUGUGGAACGCCCUCCCAUCAUAUGUCAAAGUAAUAAACAACUAUCAGACUUUUAGAAGACAUCUGAAGGCAGCCCUUUUUAGGGAAGUUUUUAAUGUUUGAUGUUUUAUCAUGUUUUUAAUAUUCUGUUGGGAGCCACCCACAAGGUAGGGUAUAAAUUAUUAUUAUUAUUAUUAUUAUUAUUAUUAUUAUAAACCUCUCAUAUCCAUGCCUAGAAAGCAGAUAUAAUCAAAAGUGUGGCUGAGCCCUGAAUGUCAUGGCAAUGUAUUAAAUAAUCCCAAUUGAAUGAAAAGCCAUUAAAAAAAUGAGAAAAAAUGAGAACAUGCCAAUCAUCCCAAUAUCUUUCUGUGUAUUGGGCAAGGUGGGAAAUACUGAUAAUAGAUUAUAUUUCUGAAAAACAAAAGGCUGUAGACUUAGCUGGAGAGCCAGGGAAAGGAGUUAAAUUAUACUUUGUAGCCCCUCUGGGGUUAUGGUCUUGGAGUUCAGUCCUCACCUAACGAGGAUGACUCCUCUGAUGCUCGUAGAACUCCUUGCAUCAAGCAGUAAUCUAAUUUUGUGGUUUCAAAAUUAGCCUCUGCCCCUCCCAGCUCCACUAGACAAGUCAUGGCAACCGCCAUCUGUUUUCACAUGUUAUUCAUCAGCACCUCAGCUGAAAAAGAAAAGAAAAGAAAGAAAAUAGAAAAAGGAACCCGAUUCACCUUUCCUUGCACCUUGUCCCUUGCAGAAGGGCACUGGGAAGAAAUGAAAAAGAGGUCUCAGAAUGUCAGAGAUGGAUUUUGUAGGCAGUAACAGAUGGGCAUGCAAGCAAUGUAUGUCUCAAAAUUCCAAGUUAGUACCAGAGAAAUCCCUGUGGAACAAAGAUCAGAGGAACAGCGUAUGCAAGGAGUGGGAAUCAGCCCUAGUGCGGCUCACUCACACCCCAGGCUUUACCCAUUUGUAGACAGGUCUUGGGAGUGUUCAGAAAGGGAGCCAAGUGCAAAUAUGCACUAGGAGUUUUGUCACCAUCCCGUUUCCCCUUUCAGAGGAAUGAGGCUUUUUCCUGCUUCUCGAGAGGUUGCUGUAAAGAUCCUGUUUUCCAUCUUGUUCCAUCUUGUCAGAAACACGUGUUGAAUCUCUUUCCCCCAUGCGGAAGUGUUAACAACAUUUGGGCCUUUAUAAUUUGGGAAGGGAAAGCUAGAUAUUGAUAAAAGAGAGAAAUCCCCCCCAAUCUCUCAUCAUACUUGAAUCAGGCCAUCAAACAAAGCUGAAUGUUGGAAGAUUCAAGACAGACAAUACUUCUUUCCCCAGCACACAGUUAAACUAUGGAACUCGCUCCUACAGGAGGCUGUGAUGUCCACCAGCUUAAAGGUAAAGGGACCCCUGACUAUUAGGUCCAGUCGUGGCCGACUCUGGGGUUGCGGCGCUCAUCUCACUUUACUGGCCAAGGGAGCCAGCGUACAGCUUCUGGGUCAUGUGGCCAGCAUGACUAAGCCACUUCUGGCAAACCAGAGCAACACUCGGAAACGCUGUUUACCUUCCCGCUGGAGUGGUACCUAUUUAUCUACUUGCACUUUGAUGUGCUUUCGAACUGCUAGGUUGGCAGGAGCAGGGACCAAGCAACGGGAGCACACCCCGUCGCGGGGAUUCGAACUGCUGACCUUCUGAUCGGCAAGUCCUAGGCUCUGUGGUUUAACCCACAGCGCCACCCACGUCCUGUCCACCAGCUUGGGUGGCCUUAAAAAGGAAUUUAGAGAAAUUCAUGGAGGAGAAUGCUAUCAAUGGCAACUAGUCAUGAUGGCUGUGUACUGCUUUGAGGUUGUUGCUGUUUUACAAUCAAGCGGUAUAUGAUUAAAAAAAAAAUCUAUCAGAAAUAAAUACUUCCAGUAUAGGAAGCAAUAUGAUACAGUCAUGGGAACAGAACUCUAAAGUAGAUGAGCCUUUGGUCUGGUCCAGCAGAACUUUCUGUGUUCUUAGGAUUAUUACGGAUGAAUUUGAAGGCAGCAUGAGGUGUAUGGCCAUUUUGACCCUUUUGCAUGUGAAGACCCCCAAACCCCCUCCAAAAUAAAUCACACAGGAAACAGAAUAUUUGUUUAGGAUUUUUGGCAUUAAUUUGGCCACAACUUUAUUGUUUAGAGCAUGUGAGUGGUUGCUUAGGCAUUUGUUCAGACUACCUGAAUCUGCACUGGCAGGAACAGGACUGACAACUGGAACCUCCAGAGGUCAGUAAGGGAAAACAUACUGGGGGAGCACAGAGGCAGAUUUCCGCCUCUUAGUUCACCUCAGAUGUUCCCAGGAACUCUGGCAUGGCCCUAUCCCUGAGAGGGGAUCGGACAGAGCAAAUCGAGCCCCUGGAUUCCUUUAACGGAAUUCCCUAGCAGCAGCAACAAAAUUGAGGGGCAGGCACAGCCAAUCCAUAAUCCCCUCCACCAAAGAAUGCCUAACCGCCAACCUUACAAAAUUGUGACGAUUUGCUACACGGUAGGCAAAAACCAAAUGGCACCAGCCAAUCAGCCAAGUGGCAAAACUCCUACCGGGCCCCUGCCCCCAAAACAGACGACCCCUAGACAGGCAUAAAGGUAAAGGGACCCCUGACCAUUAGGUCCAGUUGUGGCCGACUCUGGGGUUGCAGCGCUCAUCUCGCUUUAUUGGCCAAGGGAGCCGGCGUACAGCUUCCGGGUCAUGUGGCCAGCAUGACUAAGCCGCUUCUGGCGAACCAGAGCAGCGCAUGGAAAUGCCGUUUACUUCCCGCCAGAGCAGUCCCUAUUUAUCUACUUGCACUUUGACGUGCUUUCGAACUGCUAGGUUGGUAGGAGCAGGGACCGAGCAACAGGAGCUCACCCCGUUGCGGGGAUUCAAACUGCCAACCUUCUGAUCGGCAAGUCCUAGGCUCUGUGGUUUAACCCACAGCGCCACCCACGUCCCAUUCUAGACAGGCAUAGCAAGGUCAAAAACACAACCUAAAAUUAUAGGGAGGGAGGGUGGGAGAUCCGCUGCACGAUGCGAAAGAGGAAGUACUUUGCCACGUGCAGCCCCUUAAAUAGCCCCUUAUGUGCCAAUCAAACCCCAACCGACAGAAAUCUGCCCCAGUAAUAAAGGGGUGACCAAUGAGGCAAGGAGGUCAUCCAAACAGGCCCGCCCCAGCAACAAGAAGGCAGUUUGGUGAUCUCACCGCAACACGUGGCUCUCCAUGAUUUGGAGGACACGAUAUCUCAAGUCAGUGACUCUAUAACCUUUGCAUAGGCAAACUCAGCCCUCCAGAUGUUUUGGGACUACAACUCCCAUCAUCUCUAACUAACAGGACCAGUGGUCAGGGAUGAUGGGAGUUGUAGUCCCAAAACAUCUGGAGGGCCAAGUUUGCCUAUGACUGCCUUAAGUGUUUGUCUCUAGGAUGAAGAUGGCUUUUGGUCAAGAGUUCUCUGCCACGUCCUCCAAUCAUUCCUAUCUUAUCCAGAUAGGAUCUGAGCUCCUGUUCCAUUCCUUCAGCAGCAGAAUUCCCUCCAAUAUUUUUUUUACUUUUUUUUUGCAAGGAGAGGAGAUUUAGUGGCUCAAAGGAAUACAAAAGUGAUCGCUUGUUUUGUUCUCCUUCCCCAUGUGUCCCCGAUCUUGUCUUCUGCAAAUGCAAUAACAGAUUGUACAGCCAAAACAAGUGAGUGAGUCAACAACAACAUCUUGAAGGAACCAUCAGGGAAGCUUAAAAAGCUGUGUAGCAUUAGUAACUAUCCAGUUAAACCUGAUUUCUCACUUAUCCCUGUAAGGCUGGGGGGGGGGGAGCGUUUCCAUACAUGAAUGUGCUUAAUAUGCAGACACAAUCCUUGGGGUCCUCACCACAUCCUGUGUAUAGUUUCAACACAAAGAGGAAGCAGAUUAACAUCAAAAGCUCUCCCGAAUGGCUGUGGCCAGCAGGACUUUUGUAUGGAUGGGAACAAGAAGGCUCCAGGGAGCCUGUAUUAGCAAUUUGAAAAUUGUUCCCAUAUAAAGCACUGGUUUGAAUCCAGCUAGGAUCAGGUCAAUUCGCAUCACAUGUUUUCACGCGGUUAUCAUCUCCGCCACAAAAUUCUGCAUCCCAGGCGUAUUCUGCCCACACAUGACAUCCUGCCUAUUGGCUAGCAAUGCUGCAUGUACUAGUGCGCAUCACCACAUCCCCCAGAGCUGCUAACCACAGAGAGUGGGCUGAAGAGGAUUCACAGACAAGGAAUGUGCAUCCAUGCUCUGGAUUGGCAAAGCCAAUCAUCCGAAAGCUAAGCUGAUGACUGAUUAAAGGUAAAGGAACCCCUGACCAUUAGGUCCAAUCGUGACCGACUCUGGGGUUGCGGCUCUCAUCUCGCUUUACUGGCUGAGGGAGCCAGCGUACAGCUUCCGGGUCAUGUGGCCAGCAUGACUAAGCCGCUUCUGGCGAACCAGAGCAGCGCAUGGAAAUGCCUUUUACCUUCCCGCCAGAGCGGUACCUAUUUAUCUACUUGCACUUUGAUGUGCUUUCAAAGUGCUAGGUUGGCAUUAGUGAUCAAUAAAUAGAGAGGGCGUAAAGUGGGCCUUCUUAAGUGACAGGGAAUAAAAAAGGCAUGUCCAAAGUCCGUCUUGGGGGCCUAAUUCAGCCCGCCAGUCGAUCUGAUCCAGCCCUUGUGGCAGUAUAUGUCCUGGGGUAAAAUCCUAAAAAAAAGCUCAACAACUUUGAUUGGCCCCCGUCACGCAUGUUCACUUCAUCAAAUCUGGCUCCCUUUGAAAAAAGUUUGGGCACCCCUGGAAUAAAAGAUCAGGAUGAUGUAUUCCUUACUGAGCUCUUCUGUUUCAUUUUUUGCGUAGGUUGUAGUUCAUUCCAUUCCACCCACUCCCUCCAAAGCACUUUUAUGUAGUCAUGUUGGUUUGCAGGACUGUUAUUGAUUUACUGUCCAAGGGCAGCCUGCCAUUUCUGAUGGGCUCUUUGCUUUAAAAACCAAACCAAACCAUAGAAGCCGAUAUAUAUGCAGGCACUCUCUAUUUUUUUCCCUUUUGCUGCGCUAACCUGUCAUGAGACAAGAGCAAGUAUGGUCAUCCAAGUCGUCAAUCUUGGUUGGAACCACAUAUGGUUCACAAAAUUAUCUAAUUAUUAGGCACGGCAUUUUGGAAUUUGGACCGGUGCCUGAUAUUCAUAACUCCUACAGCACUUUUAGAUUGAUUGAUUGAUUGAUUGAUUGAUUUACCACCACUUCGUUUAAUAAAACAAACCCAGUUUGCAUUUACAGUUUAUUGGGAUUAGGGGGAUUUGUAGACCAUCUUAUCCAAUGGAUAGCUUUAUGCAGGAGGUCCUAAGCUAGGGCAUCCCCAAGAGAUGGCUUGAGUUAUGGGAUGGCAUAUAAACGUGUCCCUGUGCCGUCAUGGGCAAAUCAUAUGCAAAUCACCAUGAAUGAAAAAGAAAUCUGGUGGGGCCCAAAGAUAGUUGUGUUUUUAAUCAUCUUUCCUCAGUCAAGUACAACAUAAGCUGAGAACCCCGAUUAAAGGGAAGAAUAAAUAGUUAACCUAUUGCAUACUCUCCAACAUUUCUCUGAUGAAAAUAGGGGUGUCCUAUUCAACAACAACAACAACAGCUUUAUUAUUUAUACCCCUCCCAACUGACUAGGUUGCCCCAGCCACUCUGGGCGGCUUCCAACUUAUAUAAAAAUAUAAUAAAACAUUUUUUAAAACUUCCCUGUACAGGGCUGCCUUCAAAUGUCUUAUAAAGUUGGCAUAGUUACUUAUCUCCUUGGCUUUGGCAUAACUCCAUACCCUCCAACAUUUCUCUGAUGAAAAUAGGGACGUCCUACCAGAUUUUUAGAAGACAUCUGAAGGCAGCCGUGUUUAGGGAAGCUUUUAAUGUUUAAUAGACUAUUGUAUUUUAAAAUUCUGUUGGAAGCAGCCCAGAGUGGCUGGGGAAACCCAGCCAGAUGGGUGUGAUAUAAAUAAUAAAUUAUUAUUAUUAUUAUUAUUAUUAUUAUUAUUACCCUUCAACAAUUCUCCAAGGAAAACAGGGAUAUUCUAAGGAAAAGCAGGAGAAUCUGGGGUCAAAUCAGAAACCCGGAUGGCUUCUGUAAAUCUGGGACUGUCCCUGGGAAAUAGGGAUACAGUGGUACCUCGGGUUACAUAUGCUUCAGGUUACAUACGCUUCAGGUUACAGACUCCGCUAACCGAGAAAUAAUACCCCGGGUUAAGAACUUUGCUUCAGGAUGAGAACAGAAAUUGCAUGGCAGUGGCCCGGCGGCAGUGGGAGGCCCCAUUAGCUAAAGUGGUGCUUCAGAUUAAGAACAAUUUCAGGUUAAGAACGGACCUCCGGAACGAAUUAAGUACGUAACCAGAGGUACCACUGUACUUGGAGGGUCUGCUAAUGAUGUUAAAAUCAAUACUCCACCAGAACUCAAGUAUAGACACAUCAGUUAUGGGAGGUUUUGGGGAUCACCUUACUGCUGUGUGUCAUCCUGAACCCAUUUUGCUUUGCUCUGAAGAUACAAGUAAGAACAAAACUAAAAAGUGAAAGUUAGGAUGGGUUGCGUAUAAUAGAGCGAUUGCGGCAUGUAAGAGAAUGUCACAUUCAAGUGCCCUCAGGCUUGUACUUAGAAUUCUAAACUAAAAAUAGCUGUUUCUGUUUGACCUGCAAACCUAAAUUCUGCAAAUUAAACAAAGCAUGCAAAUGGCAUUGCAUAAAUAUACCAAUUUGCGUUCUUUGUUUGGAUUGCAGAGCAUUUGCCAAGAACUGUACAGUGGCGGACACAAAAGAAUGGUUGGGAGGAAUUAAGGGCAAACUACUAGGCUUGCCGAUCGGAAGGUCGGCGGUUCGAAUCUGCUCGAUGGGGUGAGCUCCCGUUGCUCGGUCCCAGCUCCUGCUAACCUAGCAGUUCGAAAGGACAUCAAAGUGCAAGUAGAUAAAUAGGUACCGCUCCGGCGGGAAAGAAAAUGGUGUUUCCGUGCGCUGCUCUGGUUUCGCCAGAAGCGGCUUAGUCAUGCUGACCACAUGACCCGGAAAAACUGUCUGUGGACAUACGUUGGUUCUCUCGGCCAGUAAGCGAGAUGAGCGCCGCAACCCCAGAGUCAUUCGUGACUGGGCUUAACUGUCAGGGAUCCUUUACCUUUACCUUUUUACAUGUUACACACAAAUGCAUGUGCGAAGCCUUUCUCUCAGGAAAAGCCAGUCUGUUUCCCCCUGAAACUCUCCUCAGCUGCUCCCCCCCCCCCAGCAGAUUUAGAUUUACCUUGCAAAUUGCCUUCUUGUGGUUCCCUCACUGCGAGAAGCCAAGUUACAGGGAACCAGGCAAAGGGCCUUCUCAUAGUGGCACCCGCCCUGUGGAACGCCGUCCCACCAGAUGUCAAAGAGAAGAACAACUACCAGACUUUUAGAAGGCCUCUGAAGGCAGCCCUGACUAUUGUAUUUUAAUAUUUUGUUGGAAGCCGCCCAGAGUGGCUGGGUAUAAAUAAUAAAUUAGUAGUAGUAGUAGUAGUAGUUUCUUUUUCUUUUCUUUUUUUUAAAUGAUAUUUAUUAAAGUUUCCGAUAAAAAGAACACAUAAAUACACAAUUCAAAAAUACACAAUACAUAGUCCGAAAAAGAAAAAAACAGAACAAAAAACAAAAGAAAAAAAAGAAAAAAAACAGUUAAAAACAAUAUCACCUUUUCAUCUCCAUCUUUAAAUUUACUUAUUUUCUGGACCUCCUCAUGCCUCCCUCUUUUGUAUUCCAGUUCAAAUUGUUUGUCCAGCAAUUUCUUUCCCUCUUUUUUUUAAUCCCAAUCUUUAAUCUUAAUAUAAUAUGACAUUAAAAUUUUACCUCUUAAAAACCAAGUUUCCAUUUCCUUAAUUUUUUUUAAUCCUAAUCCUUAAUCUUAAUCUAUCUGUAACUUUAAAUCCUGUACAGCUGGAAGCCACUUAUUUUCAAUCCAACAUCACUCUAACAUUCUUUAAUUUUGCAAUGUUUCUGCAGAUAGUCUUUAAAUUUCUUCCAAUCUUCUUCCACCGACUCUUCUCCCUGGUCACGGAUUCUACCAGUCAUUUCCACCAGUUCCAUAUAGUCCAUCAGUUUCAUCUGCCAUUCCUCCAGUGUGGGAAGCUCUUGUGUCUUCCAAUACUUUGCAAUGAGUAUUCUUGCUGCUGUUGUUGCGUACAUAAAGAAAGUUCUAUCCUUUUUUAACACCAUUUGGCCGACUAUGCCCAGGAGAAAGGCCUCUGGUUUCUUAGGGAAGGUAUGUUUGAAUACCUUUUUUAAUUCAUUAUAUAUCAUUUCCCAGAAAGCCUUAAUCUUUGGGCACGUCCACCAAAGGUGAAAAAAUGUACCUUCAGUUUCUUUACAUUUCCAACAUUUAUUAUCGGGCAAAUGGUAGAUUUUUGCAAGCUUGACUGGAGUUAUGUACCACCUGUAUAUCAUUUUCAUAAUAUUCUCUCUUAAGGCAUUACAUGCCGUAAAUUUCAUACCUGUGGUCCAUAACUGUUCCCAGUCAGCGAACAUAAUGUUGUGUCCAACGUCUUGUGCCCAUUUAAUCAUAGCCAAUUUUACCGUUUCAUUCUGAGUGUUCCAUUUCAGCAGCAAGUUAUACAUUCUUGACAAAUUCUUAGUUUUGGGUUCUAACAAUUCAGUUUCUAAUUUUGAUUUUUCCACCUGGAAGCCAAUUUUCUUGUCCAAUUUAAAUGCCUCCAUUAUCUGAAAAUAAUGAAGCCAGUCUAGUAGUAGUAGUAGUAAUUUCACCCUCUUCAUUGCUAAUUUAUGUAGGACAUAAGUUUAAGAUGAGUGGAUGAGCAUGAUCAUCCGAAAGUCAAUUAUUGAUUGGCAUCCAUGGAAAUCCUGCACUCACUGCAUUUCAGUCAUAUGAUAAAUACACCGUGAGUUGGACCUGCAGUUUCAAAAACCAUAGAGAGCCAAUGUGGAUUGUGGUUGGCAUGCCAGACCAGAGCCUGAGGGAUCAGGGUUCGAAUCUCCACUCGGCCAUGAAGCUCACUGGGUGACCUGGGGCCAAGCGCACCCUCUCAGUCUUACCUACCUCACAGGGUUGUUGUGGGGAUUGAAUGAGGAUGGGGAGAACCAUGUAUGCCAGCGUAAGCUCCUUAGAGAAAAAAGUGGGGUGUAAAAAACCAGACCCAUAGCCAGCAUAAAUAGGUUGGGCUUCCUCAAUUAAAGCAGAGCUCCAAUAGCUUACGUCAAUGGGGUUUUUCCCCUAGACAUCCUCUUAAAGGGAAGAAAGGAAGGAAGGAAGGAAGGAAGGAAGGAAGGAAGGUUGGUUUUCUGCAGUGAUACCAGGGCAGGAAUGUGAACUGGCCUCGUCAGUCUCUUCUUCGUCUGCUCAGAGCAAUAUUGUGUAUCUUGAGAAGCACUUAAUAUAAACUGUCAGCUUGGACUAAGAUUAAUUCCCCAAUGUUUGGCAGCAAAUGAAUUAAAUAGAAGGGGGGGGGAGGUAAUCAAAGGGUAUAGACCAGGAAGCAAGCAUAUAUUUGAAAUAUGGGGGGCAAAUAUCCAGGGACAGCUUUCAGCAUAAUUUCUAGAAACGUUUUUUGGUGUGUUUCUUAAAGAGUCACUAAAAAGAUGGGGUUUUUUGUGUGUGGUGCUUGGGUAGCUACGCACUUCCUGUUCUGUCCUCCUGAACAGAGAAAGCGGGUUAAUGACCAGAAAUUACACAGCAUCAAUCUUCUCAUUUCACAGAGAGAUGGAGCAUGGAAAAUUCCAUUUCUCCCCUUGUGCGAAUCUCUUGCCAACAGCCCCCAAGGGAUCCCAGAGUCUCCAAAUAUAAUAAAACAAUCAACCUGUAGUUUUAAUUGACUCAGCGAGUUCCUUAAUCCUCCUCCUCACCACACACACACACACACACACACACACACACACACCAGUUCCCUUCCAAAAGGAAAUAUUCUUGCUUGAAUUCAUAAUAAACUUGCCCUCAUGAUUUGUAGAUAUAUGAUGUGUUGAUUAAAGCCAUUCCUUCCCGUGCUACGAAUUGGCCAGCUGAACUUGUAACAUUCUGCAUUUCACUAUGAGGGAGUAAAAUAGGACAUAAGCUGUGCUAAAUCUAGAGAAGGCCACUGAAAACAGUUGCAAACUUUUAUCCACUUAUCUGGGAGAAAAAAAUACCACAGAUAUAUUGGGUCUUUCUUCUGAGUAGACGUGUGUAGGACUGUGCUGUUCGCAGUUUGUGAGUUCGCAGUUUGGGAAUUUCUCUUCAAAAACAGUAGCAGACCCUUGUUUCAGACCCUCUUAAAUGUCCAUAUUUUCCAGGGACAAUCCCGGAUUUACAGAAGUCCCGGUUUCUGAUUCAAUCUCAGAAUGUCCCGCUUUGACACCUGAAGGGGAGGGUGUUUCACUAUUUUCAUGGGAUAAAUGUUGGAGGGUAUGGAGUUAUGCAACCCCUGACCCAAGAAGAUAAGUAACUAUACAACCUUUAGAAGACAUCUGAAGGCUGGGGCAACCCAGUCAGAUGGGUGGGAUAUUAUUAUUAUUAGUAAUAUUAUUCCUAUUUUCAUCAGAGAAAUAUUGGAGAGUAUGUUGUUUGCUUUAAGAGUGUUUUAUACCAGUCUUCAAUUUAAGAAAAAAGAAAAGUUUACCACAGAAGAGACUGCUAGACUAUGUGGAUCUUUGAUCCAAUCCAGCAGGGCUUUUCUUACAUUCUUAUGUGAAAGCCAUGAAAAACAUAAUAUUAACUUAAUUAAGGCAGCAUUAAAAACCACCCAAUGAAAAGAAAUGUAACUUUAAAUUAUAUUUAAGUUUAAAAGCCAGGCCAGGGGUGAGGGUGGGGGUGGGAAUGAAUGAAACAAUAGGUUUUCCUGUCAGGCAACCCUUUGCCACAAGUGUAGUGCCACAACUGAGGUGUCCUCCUCAGUCAUGGACCAUGGUCAGCCUUAGAUGGCAGGGCUACCCAAAAGAUUAUCUCUAAAGCAGAUCUUAAUUCACAGCCCAUCCUCACCUCUCCUUCUCCUUGAGGAAAAAAAGACAUUAGAUAAUAAUGGAACGCUGGGAAGAAGUGACUAGAUUAAUCACACUGUGAUAUAUGAUAGGGUUGCCAUAUUUCCAAAAGUGAAAAUAGGGACACAAAAGUUGUUAAGCAUUUUUGCCAAAGUUUGCAACAAUUCACCCAAAACCAACACUUCAACUUUUGAAAAUUACACCUGGACACUGUUUUUGACGGACAAAUCCCGGCUAUGUCCAGGAAAUUCCAGACAUAUGGCAGCCCUAAUAUAUGUUAAUGUAUAAUGACGUUGUGUAAUAACUUGGGACCCUUUAAUAAUUUCCUGGGGUUUAUUUACAUGGCCAAAUUAAACUUAAGGAAUUGGUAUGGAACUGAAAACCUGCCCAUAUGUUAGCAGCCCAAAACUGAAAGAACAAAACUACUGGCUAGUUCAAGUUUAGAAAGUGGCAGAAAUGCAUCAACUCACAGUUGGUUCGACUAUGUGAGGGAAGAAAAAGAGAGGAGAAAUGUUAGAAGUUAAUGGCCACCAUUGAUUGAAUUUAUGAAAAAUAGAUAUAACAUGGAUAAUAAUGACAAUAAUAGAUUCUUCGUAUGGUAAGAGUACAUUGUCAGCCCUAUAUUGAUUAUUGGCAUUGAGUGUGGAUAUAGAUACACAGACAGAGAGAGAUUUGGUAUUAACAUUUAUUUAUAAGUGUUAAUGGAAUGUUGAGGUGUUGAAAUUACAGUGGUACCUUGGGCUAAGAACUUAAUUCAUUCUGGAGGUCCGUUCUUAACCUGAAACUGUUCUUAAGCUGCGGUACCACUUUAGCUAAUGGGGCCUCCCGCUGCCGUCGCCACGCAAUUUCUGUUCUCAUCCUGAAGUACCCAAGGUAUUAUUUCUGGGUUAGCGGAGUAUGUAACCUGAAGUGUCUGUAACCUGAAGCGUCUGUAACCCGAGGUACCAACUGUAUUUUAUGCACCUUAGCUUGAAGGGACAUUGCAUCCCAUCACCUUCCCUGACCAAUAGGAAACCUUAAAAAUUGAAUCACGCUAGUGGGUUGUCUCUGUUGCUUUUCCCCCUCAGGAGCCCCCAGGUGACAGCGGUGACGGCGGCGGCAGGAGCAUCAGCAAAGUGACAGAGCCCCUCCCGCAGACCUGAAAUGCUCUGUCUCCAUGAGGAAAAAACUGGCACCGGAACAUGAUAGCACCCAAGAGAACUACAUCUGUCUCCUUUAAUUACAUCCCGUGUACAUAUUAGUGAGUGGAAGUGCUUUAUGAUUUCUAUAGCAAAGGCCAGCAAAGCUAUAGAAGGCCGGUUGUGCACAAGCACUCUCCCCGAAGUAUAGACAGGCAAAUUUAAAUCAUGUACACUGUGACGGGGGUGGGGAGGGAAUAUCUUUAAUUUCCCCAGGGGGAAAAAUAAAUAUAAAAUAGAUCAAGACUGUUAAAAGCUCAUACGUGUUUAUAGCUCUGGAGAUUUACAAUUGUUGUCUGCCUUGCAGAGGACAUUCCAUCAAAUGGCACUGAAUCUGUCUGUUUCCAUCUUUUGUACUUAAGGUGAGAAUUUAAAGCUCUAGCAUUUGCAAGCACUUUUGUGCUCACGCACCACUCAUGAGUAACCGUGUCCUUGUUUUGUUCAGAACACUAGAUGACGUGUGCAUAAGUGCUUGCAGGACCUAGGUCCAGAAUUGUAUCCGCAUGAUCCAUUCAGAGCCACGUCCUUAGGAGAUGCAUUUGAUCACAGCAUUACAUAGCCUAGAUUCUGCAAAAUCUUAACUAUGGGUCAAAUUCUAGUCUUGUCUAUCAUUCCUGCUUAUCUCUGCUGUUAACUCCUCUAGGCUGGAGUUUCUCUGGAAUUAUAUCAACAGUGUUUCCAACGCUCACUGUUUUGUCGUGAGUCUUGUAUUAUCUAGUGUUUCCUCCCCCUCACAGAUCCAACUCCAGGAGUCAUGAGAUUACAGGAGAGUCUUUCCGACGAGAUUUAGCCAAAGCUUGAAUACGUAAAGCGAGUGUAACCAAAAACCAAAUGAGAUAUAUUAAAAGAAUAUGUCGAUACAUGCAUUUCCAGACAUCUCACGAGGCCUAAGACAUUCUCUCAUGGUGUGUGUGUGUGUGUGUGUGUGUGUGAGAGAGAGAGAGAGAGAGAGAGAGAGAAUAUUUCAUUAUUUUUGGCCAAUUCUAUACUUUUUAGCUUAGGCGUCAGGCCCUCUGAGUUCUAUAGAGUUUAAUCACAUGUAUGGAUCAAAUAUGCAUAGAAUUACAAUCAUAGUCACAUAUUAAGGCCUUGACCCUAUGGGCAGUUAUAGCUGAAUAAUUCCCAUGGAAGUGAAUGGGAUUUAUUCAUGAACUUUGUGCAUAGGAUAACCGCUUCAGAAUUAGCACCAGGAUUGGCUCGGCGCCACAAUCAACAUUUCCUUCUUUUCCUUUUAAUUCAUGCUGAUCAGAUUUUGAAUGGUGCAGUGUCUGAAUUCCAUCAAGAUUGACAUCUGACCCAGGAGGGGCGGGUAGCACCUGGCUUGAUUGCUCCUGUGCCUUCAGUAGACAGUCGAUCUGCAAAAAUCAGCAGGUGACAUGUUUCUUCAUGGCAUGGAGAUGAACAUUGUCCCCUGAUCGUGUUUGCCAAUCAGUCUGUUCUUUAAAGACACAAGACCAGGUGUUGUUAAAAGAAGAAAGAAAAAAAAGCUGGCAAUCCUACCAGCAAGCCACUUUAUUAAUAUUUACAUAUUAAGCAACAACAACAUGAUCAGAUAAGGACAAAAGUGCAUUAGCAGGCCACUUCCUUAAAAAUAGCCUUAUUCAAAAGCUAUGACCUUUGCAGCUGAGAUUUGAAGCUGAUUCAGAAUUAAAGUAUGAUCCUAUGCCACAAUCUAAAUGUACUUUAAAGUUAAUUUUCAAAGCAGAAAAAGAUCGUAUUUUUGGAAGAGAGACAAACUGGUUAGCCUUUUAAGCAAUAUACUUCAGAAUGUAAUUUUCCAACCCCAUGAAUUUCAGUCCAUAACAUCUCUUGGCUUCUCUCUCCCUCUCUCUCUCUCUCUCUCUCUCUCUCUCUCUCUCUCUCUCUCUCUUUAAUGGCAAUGAGAAAAAGCCUGACUGUUAUAUUUUCCAUAAACAGAAAGUGAUUGUCUCUCUGUCUAAUAUAUCCAUAUCUAUCUAUGUACUUUUGAUGAGAGAGAUUUUAUUACACGUGAGAAAGAAACAGCCAAGCAAGGAUGAAAAGCAAAAAGCAAAAGAACUCUUAUGUAUGGACAUCAUCUUGCCCGUUGUAAACCGGAGGUAGAAAAUUAAGAGCAGUGGAAGGUAUUCGCUUAUGUAAGCAGAAGGUAAGGGAACAAUUGGAUGUAGCUCUUUGCUGACUCUCGCCCAGUCAACUCCAUCCCUUCCAAGCCUGUUCUAAACGGUAGGGUCCCUCAGGGGGGCAGGAAGCUGUUUUAUCAUUUGAAUUGUCUGUUAAAACUGCCAUUCACCCCCCUCCCCCCAAAUGGCACUGUAUAAAAUAAUAAAUAUUAAUACCUAUGAUUUAACUGUGUAUUUUAUAAAAUAGGCUUUUGGUGCUAUGAAAAGUGAUUUGUGAACGUUUUCCUCCUUAUCGUACUAGAUCCUCUUGUUUACUCUCCGACGUACCGAUGGAUCCCUGUUGUAAUUUUCCUCUGCAUUAUUUGUAUGACAAUGUAUGCUGCCAAUAUGCUGUCUUGUAGUUUUAUUUAAUCUUUAUACAUGUGUUCCUUGUUAUAAGUGUCAC